CCAGCCUUGCCUCGGGUGUAGGGAUUGCUUGGGGAAAAGCAAAACUACACGGAUUCCAACCUGUGUAGUUUUGUUUUUUGGGAAUAUUCUUGAGGCUCAACCGUUCUCACACUGGAUUUUGGAAAACAUUUCUGGAUAAGGAGUUUGUUUCAGAAGAAUAACACCCCUUUGGGCUCCGUCCCCCCAAUUCAAGGCACUCUUGUGGAUACAAGGUGCCCACCAUCAUGACAACACAGGCGCCAACGUUUACACAGCCGCUUCAGAGCGUUGUGGCACUUGAGGGUAGUGCCGCAACGUUCGAAGCUCAAGUUAGUGGUAAUCCAGUUCCUGAGGUGAGCUGGUUUCGUGAUGGCCAGGUUCUUUCUGCUGCCGCUCUGCCCGGCGUUCAGAUCUCGUUCAGCGAAGGCCGCGCUGUUCUGAGGAUCCCCGCCGUGACAGCCGCACACAGUGGAAGAUUUUCAGUGAGAGCCACCAAUGGAGCUGGACAAGCCACUAGCACUGCUGAACUCCUGGUUACAGCGGAAACUGCGCCACCCAACUUUAUUCAGAGACUACAAAGCAUGACUGUGAGACAAGGAAGCAAAGUGAGAUUGGAUGUCCGUGUGACAGGAAUCCCUACACCUGUGGUGAAGUUUUACAGAGAGGGAGCUGAGAUUCAAAGCUCCGCUGACUUUCAGAUUGUUCAAGAUGGAGACCUCUACAGUUUGUUGAUUGCCGAGGCUUUUCCUGAGGACUCUGGUACAUACUCAGUUAGUGCCACUAACAGCAGUGGACGUGCCACUUCAACUGCAGAACUACUGGUUCAAGGUGAAGAAGAAGCCGUGCCUGCAAAGAAAAUUAAGACAGUUAUUUCAACCUCUCAGAUUUCACAGACUCGCAAAACCAGAGUGGAAAAGAAAUUGGAAACUCACUUUGAGUCUGCAUCCAUGCAGAUGGAAGUGGAAGGAGGUAUUUUGGCUCAGAUGGCCCAGAAGACUCCACCACGUGUGCCACCCAAACCAACCUCCAAGUCCCCUCCAUCCCUUGUGACUAAAGUUUCAGCUACUCGUCAACAGUCACCUUCUCCUGUGAGACAUGUGAAGGCACCCAUACCAACUCCUGUCAGAACCGUAUCCCCCUCCACAAGACUGUCCGUAUCACCGAUCAGACCUGUCAAGUCCCCAUUGAUGACCCGCAAACAGAUCACUCCAGGCGCAGAGGUCCUGCCCCCGUGGAAACAGGCGGGUUAUGUGUCUGAGUCCAGCUAUGUAGCCAGCAUGGAAGCUAGAGCUUCACAGGUUCAAACCACCACUCACGUGGAACAGCGCUGGGAAGGCUCCGUCACCAGGAAACAACAAGUCAGCAGUGCCUCUGUUAGAGAGGAACAGCAAAGCAUGGAUGACAAAUCUGUUGCUGUUGCCACUGUGGUGGCAGCAGUGGACCAGGCUCGUGGUCACAAACCUUUUGCUGGCUCAUCAGCAGAGCCUCAGGAUGUAGAGAGCACCACUGCUCCUGUUCCCCCUGCACCUCCGAUAAAGCAGAUCAAGUGCAUUUCAUCCACACUUCUUGAGCAGGCUAGUGAGAGAGAUGCCACUGUUUCUCUCCCAGAACACACAACUACUAUGGAAUCCUCUAGCCAUUACACAUUUGCCUCUCGGGAGCAGGGUGAUGAGAAAAAGGCUGGAGCUGUGGCCACGGUGCUUGCUGCGGUGGAUCACGCGCGUGUACGCAAACCCGUGCAUGUUGAGAGUGCUAUGGCCGAAGAGGAAAAGGAUAUAAAAGAGCAGACAAUGCUGCUAAAUGCUAAGCAACAGGUUGCACGUAAAAUGGAGGUGUUGCAAAUACCCAGUGAUGUACCGAGCACGUCCACCGAGCAGUCUGUUCAUGUCAGUCAGAUCCAAAGAACUACUGAGUUUAAGGCCCAAGUGGAUACUGGCCUUUCCCCAUCCCCAGUUCCUCAUUUCACAGUUUCAAAAGUUACUGUUCCUAAACCUGAUCAUAGCUAUGAGGUCUCAAUCGCUGGUUCUGCGAUUGCCACACUGCAGAAAGAGUUGUCUGCUUCUCAUUCUACUCAAACGAUCAUCAAGCCUGUCAAGCCUCCAUCUUAUAAGACUGUGGAGACAAGAGUGACCACAGAACACACCCCUUCACCAUUUAGAGGUGCCACUGAGAAAUAUGAGUCGCAUUUCGACACAGAGUUACAGAGAGAGAUUGAUGCUUCGUAUGCAUCGUAUACAGGGGAAUGGGAGACACAGGUUCUUGAAACAGCUGCAGUUCCCUCAGCUGCCAAGGAACCAAGUAUUCCUCCAACUGUUGUUGCUGGCUUGAAGAACCUGACUGUUACUGAAGGAGAGUCUGUUACCCUGGAGUGCCAGAUCUCAGGCCACCCCACACCAUCAAUUAUAUGGUUUAGAGAGGACUACAGGAUUGAAAGCUCCAUUGAUUUCCAGAUCACAUAUGAGCAAGGAUAUGCCCGUUUAAUGAUCCGUGAGGCCUUUGCUGAGGAUAGCGGACGUUUUACUUGUACUGCUACAAAUGAGGCUGGAACAAUCAGCACCUCCUGCUACCUGCUUGUUAAAGUGUCUGAGGAGAUUGAGACUCGAGCAGAGAUUACUGUGGUGAAAGAGUAAGAACUAAAAUAUAUGCUCAUAUCCAUCAUAUGAUUAACAUAUACACUUCAUGAACAUUUAACACUGAUAUUGACCUAUUAUUUUAGGACUAAAGAAGUGACAACCACUGAAGCCAGAGCUGCUCCUGAGACCGUGGAUGCUGUAGCAGCUGCAGCUCCGUUCUUUGUGAGAAAGCCAGUUUCACAGAAACUUGUGGAAGGUGGCAGUGUUGUGUUUUCUUGCCAAAUUGGAGGAAGCCCCAAACCUCACAUCUACUGGAAGAAAAACGGUGUCCAACUGACAUCUGGAUACAGAUAUCGCGUAAGUUACAAUAAGGACACAAGAGAAUGCAAACUGGAAAUCUCCAUGACAUUUGCUGAUGAUGCUGGAGAGUAUACUAUCUCUGCCAAGAACCAGCAUGGAGAGGUAUCUGCCUCAACAAAACUUCUUGAAGAAGAGGAAUAUGAAGCUUAUAUAAAAACACAGGAUGUGACAUACAAAACAGAAGUGACCACUACAGUUCAGGAGCCAAAGGUGGCCGACUUGCCCCCUGCAGAAUAUGAAAUGCAGAGAAGGAUGGCUCAGCAAGCACAAAUGAUGACAUUCACCUCAGAAAAGGUAAAGAUUUAAACAUAUUAAGAAUAAUUCAUACACGCACCAACAAAACUAAUGAGUCUGUUUUAUUGUCAGGAAUUCCACAUUUCUGUUAUUGAGCAGAGGAUCAUUCAUGAGCUUGAGAUCAGAAUCCUAAAGAUUACAUAUCGUGAGCUGGUGAUUGAGGAUGGAGAAGAAAUGCUGUUGAGUGCAGCUGAUCAUGAGGCGGUAGGAUCCUCUUUCAGCACACCUGUCAAAAGCUACAGAAUCAUGGAGGGAAUGGGUGUGACAUUCCACUGCAAAAUGGAAGGAAAUCCCUUGCCAAAGAUUGCAUGGUACAAAGAUGGCAAGCGCAUCAAGCAUGGAGGCCGCUAUCAGAUGGAGGUACUUCUGGAUGGUCGAGCAACUCUGCGUCUUCCUGUGGUGCUUCCAGAAGACGAAGGAGUCUACACAGCAUUAGCAAGUAACAUGAAGGGGAACGCCGUCAGCUCCGGAAAACUCUACGUGGAGUCCACAGCUGCUGCUCAGCCCUUUUAUCCUCAGACAGAAGCAAUGCGGAGAGUACAGUCCGAAUCCCCUAUGUCUGCACGCUCCAUAAGUCUCUCCCCUGGACGUUCCCCUGCACGCUCUGUUAGCCGUUCUCCUGCUCGCAGACUGGAUGAGACAGAUGAGACCCAGUUGGAAAGGCUUUACAAACCUGUAUUUGUCAUGAAACCAUCGUCCUUCAGGUGUGCAGAAGGACAGACUGCAAGAUUUGAUUUGAAAGUUGUUGGAAGGCCCAUGCCUGACACUUUCUGGUUCCAUAACGGGCAACAAGUGGUGAAUGACUACACCCACAAGAUUGUGGUGAAAGAGGAUGGAACACAGUCAAUGAUUGUGGUGCCUGCUAUGCCUCAUGACUCUGGAGAAUGGACAGUUGUUGCUCAAAAUAGAGCUGGGAAAACUACCGUUUCUAUGACUCUAACUGUAGAAGCUAAGGAAAACUUGAUUAGACCACAGUUCAUCGAAAAGCUGAAGAACGUCAGUGUCAAGGAAGGAACCUUGGUUGAGUUAGCGGUCAAAGCCAUUGGAAAUCCACUACCUGACAUUGUCUGGCUGAAAAACAGUGACAUUGUCUCACCUCAUAAGUACCCAAACAUUAAGAUUGAAGGAACCAAAGGGGAAGCACAUUUCAAGAUCCCCCAAACUACUGGUUCGGAUAGUGCAUGGUACACUGCUACUGCAAUUAAUAAAGCUGGACGUGAUACCACACGCUGCCGCGUCAACGUGGAGGUGGAGUUCACUGAACCUCAACCAGAAAGAAAACUUAUUAUUCCUAAGGGAACUUACAAAGCUAAGGAAAUCGCUGCACCAGAAUUGGAGCCACUGCAUCUCCGCUAUGGACAGGAACAGUGGGAGGAGGGUGACCUUUAUGACAAGGAGAAACAACAGAAGCCUCACUUCAAAAAGAAACUGACCUCAGUAAGACUGAAGCGUUUUGGUGCUGUACACUUUGAAUGCAGACUCACCCCUAUUGGUGAUCCCACAAUGGUUGUUGAGUGGCUGCACGAUGGCAAGCCCCUGGAAGCUGCUAACAGACUACGCAUGAUCAAUGAAUUUGGUUAUUGCAGUCUGGACUAUGAGGUUGCAUAUUCCAGAGACAGUGGUGUCAUCACAUGCAGAGCUACCAACAAAUUUGGUGUUGACCAAACCUCAGCCACUCUGAUUGUAAAAGAUGAGAAGAGCCUUGUGGAGGAAAGUCAGUUGCCUGAGGGUCGGAGGGGGCCAAGAAUAGAUGAAAUUGAACGCAUUGCUCAUGAGGGCGCUCCUGCUGGAGUUACUGGAGAUGAAAUCACUGAAAAAACUAAGCCUGAGAUUGUCUUGCUUCCAGAGCCUAUUAGAGUCCUGGAAGGAGAAACUGCAAAAUUCCGUUGCAGAGUAACUGGAUACCCAAGCCCAAAAGUCAACUGGUACCUGAAUGGACAGCUUAUUCGCAAGAGCAAAAGAUUUAGACUUUUAUAUGAUGGCAUUCACUAUCUUGAGAUUGUGGACUGCAAAUCUUACGAUUCUGGAGAUGUCAAAGUAUUGGCGGAGAACCCAGAGGGUACUGCAGAAAACACAGUGAAGCUAGAGAUCAAACAGAAGGAGGACUUCCGAUCAAUCCUGCGGCGUGCUCCUGAGAUUAAGGUUCCAGAAGGCCCUGGCCCUGAGCAUGGCAGAGUAUCUUUUGAUGUUGUUAAAGUGGAUAAACCUGCUGAGACCUCACAAUCUAAAGAGGUGGUCAAGCUGAGGAGGGCUGAGAGAGUUGUUCAUGAGAGGUCUACAGAAGAGACAGAGGAAUUAAGAAGCAAAUUCAAACGCAGAACUGAGGAAGGCUACUAUGAGGCCAUUUCCUCAGUGGAGUUUAAAUCUCGCAAGAAGGACGAGUCCUAUGAAGACAUGUUGAGAAAGAGAAAGGAGGAACUUCUGCACUGGACUAAGCAGAUCACUGAAGCUGAGAAAAAGAAGAUUGAAGAGGAAGGCAAGCUUACUAUUCCUACAAUCAAGCCUGAGAAAUUUGCUCUUUCCCCCAGCAUGGAGGCACCAAAGAUUUUAGAACGCAUUCGGAGCCAGACUGUCACCUUGGGUGAUGAAGUACGCUUCCGUUGCAGAGUUGUAGGUAAACCAGAGCCUGAAUGUCAGUGGUUCAAGAAUGGAAUCUUGUUGGAAAAAUCUGAGCGGAUUUAUUGGUACUGGCCUGAAGACCAUGUCUGUGAGCUGGUUGUUAGAGAUGUCUCAGCCGAAGACUCGGCUAGCAUUAUGGUAAAAGCUAUUAAUAUUGCAGGAGAGACAUCAAGCCAUGCCUUCCUACUGGUGCAAGCCAAGCAAAUUGUAACCUUCACUCAGCAAAUAGAGGAUUUAUAUGCCAAAGAAAAGGACAACAUGGUGACCUUUGAAUGCGAAACAAACGAGCCAUUUAUUAAGGUUAAAUGGUUGAAGAACAAUGUUGAGAUUUUCUCUGGAGAUAAAUACAGGAUGCACUCUGACAGAAAAGUACAUUUUCUGUCUGUCCUGGUUAUCAGCAUGAAUGAUGAUGCUGAAUACUCUUGUGCUCUUGUUGAGGAUGACCACAUCAGAACAUCAGCCAGACUUCAUGUUGAAGGUGCACUACUUGAAAUUGUGAAGAAUUUGGAAAGUGUUGAAGUGCCAGAGUCAUAUGCAGGGGAGUUUGAGUGUGAAGUGUCCCGUGAGGACGCUGAAGGCACCUGGUACUUCGAGAACAAAGAGAUUACACCAGGCUUGAAGUAUGUAAUGUCCUCUCGCCGAGGAAGACACAGCCUGUGUGUCAAGGAUGUGAAGAAAGAAGACCAAGGCAAAUACACUUUCAAAGUGCGGGAUUUAACAACAAGCGCAACCCUGAAGAUGAAAUUGCGACCAGUUACAAUGAUGCAAGGUCUUUCUGACAUAACCGUCUGCGAAGGUGAUAUUGCUCAGCUGGAAGUGCGAUUCUCUCAGGAGAAUGUGGAGGGCACUUGGUCAAAGAAUGGUCAACCGAUCUCUGCCACUGAUAGAAUUCACAUUGUUAUCGACAAACUGGUACACAAGCUCCUUAUUGAAAACGCCACCAAAGAGGACGCUGGAAUGUACGCCUUUAACGUCCCCGCUCAUUUCAUUUCCACUUCAGGAAAACUAACCGUUCAAACAAUCGGCAUUGUAACACCUCUAAAGGAUGUUAGCACAAUUGAAGGCACGAAGGCUGUGCUAGAAGCCAAAAUCUCAGCUGCCGAUGUGAGCUCAGUGAAAUGGUACCAUAAUGACAAACUUUUGACUGCUAGCGAAAGAGUCCAAAUUGUGGCCAAGGGCUCCAAACAGCGACUGGUACUGAACAGGGCAUAUGCUUCUGAUGAAGGACAAUAUAAACUGGUUGUUGGCAGAGUUGAUUCAUCAUGCAAGCUCACUGUUGAGAAGGUCAGCAUUGUAAAGCACAUGCAGGACCGUGUGUGCACCGAGACCCAAAAUGUCACUUUUGAGGUUGAGCUGUCUCAUACUGGCAUUGAUGCUUUCUGGACUUUUAAGGGUCAAUCUCUGAAGGCUGGUCCCAGGUACAAAAUUGAUUCCAAGGGCACAAAGUACAGUCUCAUUGUUCUCAACGCCAUGAAAGAUGAAGAGGGCCAGUAUGUGUUUGCAGCUGGUGAAAAGACUUCAAGUGCCACACUUACAGUGUCAGGUGGUGCUAUAAACAAACCACUACAGGAUGUAACUGUGGCAGAAUCCCAGACAGCUGUGCUUGAGUGUGAAGUUGCCAGCGCAUCUGCUGAAGGAAAGUGGAUUAAGGAUGGACACCAUGUUGAUUUCAGUGAUAAUGUCAUAAGUGAAGAGAUUGGUGUUGUACGACGGUUAGUCAUUGCCAUCUCAAGACCGCAAGAUAUUGGAGAGUACACAUACCAGGUGGCAAACUCGAAGACCUCAGCUAACCUAAAAGUUGAAGCUGUGAAGGUCAAGAAGACGCUAAAGAAUCAAACAGUCAUUGAGACUCAAGAGGCCGUGUUCAGUAUUGAACUCACUCAUUUGGACGUGAAAGGGUCCCAGUGGAUCAAGAACGGAGUUGAAAUUCUUCCGAGCGAUAAAUAUGAAAUCACAGUGGACGGUUUGGUUCACACCCUGAAAAUAAAGAAUUGUAAUACCCAGGAUGAAUCUGUUUAUGGAUUCAAACUUGGAAAACUCACUGCUAAUGCAAGACUUAAUGUUGAGACAAUUAAAAUUGUGAAAAAGCCAAAAGAUGUGACUGCGCUGCUAAAUUCUACUGCUUCCUUUGAGUUAAGUGUAUCCCAUGAUAAUGUCCCAGUCAAAUGGAUGUUCAAGAACCAUGAGCUACAGCCAAGUGCAAAUAUCCAGAUCCUUUCGGAGCGCAAAGCUCACAAGCUGGUUAUUUCCAAUGUUGAGGAAAGCAUGGAUGGAGAAUACACGGCUGUCGUGGGACACGUGCAGUGCAGUGCAUAUUUACAUGUUGAGUCUUUGAGGGUCACAAAACCCAUGAAGAAUAUUGAGAUUCCAGAGACUCAAAUGGCCACUUUUGAAUGUGAAGUUUCACACUUUAACGUCCCGUCCACCUGGCUGAAAAAUGGAGUUGAGAUCGAAAUGAGCGAAAAGUUCAGAAUAGUGGUGCAGGGCAAACUGCAUCAACUGAAGAUCAUGAAUACCAGCAGAGAUGAUGGUGCGGAAUACACAUUUGUCUGUGGAAAUGACAAAGUCUCAGCCACUCUGACUGUCAGCCCUAUACUCAUUACCUCCAUGCUCAAAGACCUCAAUGCUCAAGAGAAAGACACCAUUACAUUCGAAGUGACCGUUAAUUAUGAGGGUAUUACCUACAAAUGGCUGAAGAAUGGUGUAGAGAUUAGAUCCACCGACAGGUGCCAGACUCGUUCGAGACAGCUCACACACUCGCUCACUAUCCGUAAUGUGCACUUUGGGGAUAGUGCAGAGUACAAGUUUGUUGCAGGAUCUGCUCAAACAUCAGCAAAGCUGUUUGUCGAAGCUCGUGUCAUCGAGUUUACAAAACACAUCAAAGAUAUCAAGGUGACUGAGAAGAAAAAAGCCAUCUUCGAAUGUGAGCUCUCCGAACCCAAUGUUCAAGUCACAUGGAUGAAAAACGGGCAGGAGUUUGAGCUAUCCGAAAGGUUCAAAGUUACUACAGACAAAUACAUUCAGCGCUUAUUAAUACAGACUGUUCGAAUGUCUGAUGCUGGGGAAUACUCAGUGGUUGCUGGGUCAAGCAUAUCCAAAGCUCAUCUCACAGUCGAGGGCAAAGAUGUCCGCAUUAGCGAACCUGUCGAGAAGGAAGUAACGGUGCUUGAGCAGCAAAGAGCUACACUGGAAUUUGAGGUUAAUGAGGAUGACAUUGAAGGACGCUGGCUCAGGAAUGGUGCUGAAAUUCAGUUCACGCUUGAUAAGCGUUAUAGCUAUGUGUCCAUCAGGAAAAUCCAUCGUUUGACAAUCACCGAAACUCUGAGGACUGAUGCUGGAGAAUAUACUUUCAUUGCUGGGAAGAACAGAAGUGUAGUGACACUACAUGUGAACAUUCCCGAGCCUCCUCAGAUCAUCAGGCAUAUGGAGCCUUUGUCUGUCGAGGCUGGUAAACCUGCACGCUUCUCAGUGGAAGUGACCGGCAUCCCUCAGCCCCAGGUCUCCUGGUACAAGAACUCGAAGGCAUUAUCUCCUGGAUUCAAGUGCAAGUUCCAGAGAGAAGGAAACGAACACACUCUUCUACUCAUUGAAGUUUUCCCAGAGGACGCAGCUUUGUACAACUGUGAGGCAAAAAAUGACUAUGGCCAGGCCACCAGCUCUGCCUCACUGAACGUUGAAGUGCCUGAGGUUGUUUCACCUGACACCGGUGCACCUUUAUCCCCACCUGUGAUUAUAUCCCCAAUACAACACGCAUCUGCCACUGAAGGAGCAUCUGCCAGGUUUCAGUGUCGCGUGUCUGGAGAAGAUCUGACAAUUACCUGGUUCUGCAAAGACAAAGAGAUCAAACAGUCAAACUUCUUCAGAAUGUCUCAGUUUGAUGACAGCUGCCAGCUAGAGAUUGCCAGAGUUUAUCCUGAGGAUGAAGGAGAGUACACAUGUGUUGCUCGUAAUUCUGCUGGAAUGGUUUCCUGCUCCGCUGUACUUCAACUGGAGGGGAAAAAACAAAUUACUGACAUAACAUCUCAGGACUCUCAGUGGCAUGCCUUGUCCAGUCUCUCUUCAAGCUUUAAGAGUGUAACGAAGGAACCGGUUGAUCAGAAGCCCACUUUUGUUCAACCUCUUGUAAGCUGCACUGUGCCUCAUGGGGAAGUGGCCAGAUUUUACGCUUGUGUCUCUGGCAUUCCAAAACCAGAUAUAAGUUGGUUUCAUGGUCAGGAACCUGUCAAAUCAAAUAAAAAUAUUGUCUUCCAUUAUGAUGAAAUGACGAGCAUUGCUACACUAAUCAUAGUUGAUACUUUCUCUGAGCAUGCUGGAGAGUACACUUGCAAAGCAACCAAUUCUGCUGGAGAGGCUGUUUGUACAGCAACCCUUACAGUCCCCAUGGAAGUUACCAAGCGUGAGGAAAUCGAAAUAAAAAUGGAAGAAGUCAGCAAAGUGCCCCCUGUUUUCAGGUAUAAAAUCCAUGCUUUGGAGACUAGUGUUGGCAGCCCUGCCACAUUUGAUUGUGAGAUUGAAGAUGCUCCAAAUGUGACCUUCAAAUGGUUCAAGUCUGGUUCUGAGAUCAGGCAGAGUGACAAGUACAGGAUCAUCAGUCACUCUACCACAUCAUCUCUGGAGCUCCUAAGCCCAAUGAAAGCAGAUAGUGGAGAGUAUAUGUGCAAAGCUUCAAACCAACAUGGUAGCGACAGCUGCUCUGCAAACCUAACUGUAGCAGAGGUUUUCCCUCCAGAGUUUGUAACAAAGCCUGAACCGAUGACAUUAUUUGUGGGCAAACAAGCAAAAUUUCAGUGUGUUAUCACUGGUUCUGAACCAAUGAAUGUUAUAUGGUACAAGGACAACAUUGCAAUUUUGCCCGAUGAGCACUAUAGAUUGUCCUUUGAGAAGAACAAACAUUGUCUUGAGAUCACGAAACUUGAACAAAGUGAUCAGGGAACAUACCUUUGCAAAGCUUCAAACAGUGUUGGCAUGGCUACAUGCUGCACUGAAAUGAAAGUUAUAGACAAACCCAUUUUUGUCAAGACCUUUGAAUCAACUUUUGUGGCAGUGGGUAACUCACUACGGCUCGAGUGUCAGGUAAAUGAAGAUACAGGAGUGACUAUCACUUGGACAAGGGAUGGCAAGAAAAUCCAUAACACUAUGGAUAGCAAAAUUUCAUUUGAUGAAAAAGUGGUCAGCCUCGAUAUCCCGAAGUCCAAGAUUAAAGAUACAGGCACUUAUGUUUGUACUGCCACAAAUGAUGCUGGAAGCAGCAGCUGCUCUUCUGUGGUUGUGGUGAAAGAACCUCCCGCAUUUGUUAAGAAACUGGAGCCUAAGAUUCUGUGGAAACAAGGAAUUUCUGCACGCUUACUGUGCACGGUUAAAGGCUCCCCUGAUCUCCAUGUCAGUUGGUUUUUAAAUGACAAGCAGCUCAGUUCCAGCGAAAGACACAAAAUCACCUUCAAAGAUGGUCAAGCUACACUUGAGAUUACUGACCUUAUUGUGUCUGACAGUGGAAACUAUGUCUGCGAAGUAAUGAACGAGGCGGGUUGUGAAAGCUGUAGCACCAACUUAACUGUUAAAGAACCCCCUGCUUUCAAAAAGGAGUUAGAAAUGGUGGAGGUAGUCAAGGGGCAUACUGCAAAACUCCAGUGCGAAGUUACUGGAACUGCUCCAUUUGAUGUCACUUGGAUAAAGGAUAAGAAACCAGUGACCACUGAUAAAAAGCACACCACUGUGACAACGAACACAUUUUCCUAUUUGGAAAUACAGUCAUUUGACAGUGCAGAUGUUGGGGACUACCAAUGUGUUGUUUCAAAUGAUGUUGGUAAAAUUACUUCUAAAUCAGUAGCCAAACUGAAAGAACCUCCAUCUUUUGUAAAGAGGAUUGAAAACACAACUGCAGUUUUGGGCAGUGCUGUGAAACUGCAGGGUACUCUUAAAGGCUCAGCCCCUAUUACUGUCACAUGGCUAAAGGAUUCUGAGCUACUCAGACGUGAUGAUCCAAAUAUAAAAAUGACUUUUGAAAACAACAUUGCCAGUUUGGCCAUUGCAAAAAUAGCCAUGAACCAUGAUGGAACAUACACAUGCCUAGCUGAAAAUGAGGCUGGCCAGCAAAAAAGUGAAGCCAAGGUUUCAGUUCAAGAACCUGCUAGAAUUGUUGAUAAAGCACCAUCCAUCAGUGUAACAGUUGGAGACUCUGCAACUUUGGAAUGCACUGUGUCAGGAAGUCCAGACAUUAAAGUUAAAUGGCUCCGUGAUGGCAAGGAAGUGACUGCAGGCCGGAAAUACAAAAUCUCAUUCAAAGAUAAUGUAGCGAGCUUAAAAAUCCUCUCGGCAGAGAGAGGAGACAGCUGUGAAUAUACAGUGGAAGUUUCCAAUCGGGUUGGAAAAGACCACUGUUCUUGCACAGUCACAGUUCUUGGUAAAAUUAUACCUCCAACCUUCACAAAAAGUCUUAAAAAGGUUGAUGGAAACCUUGGAGGAAAUAUUCAGAUGGAAUGUAAAGUGUCAGGGUCGCAGCCCAUGACAAUAUCUUGGUUCAAAGAUGGAAAGGAGAUCAAAACUGGGAUAAAGUACCAAAUUGAAUUAAAAGAAAGCACUGCUUUGUUGAAAAUUUCUCAUUUAGAGACCUCCGAUGCUGGGGUUUUCACAUGCCAUGCAACAAAUGCUGCAGGGCACAGUGAGACCAGUGGACCAGUUUCUGUUAAAGAGCCACCAGUCUUCACACUGAAACCUGAAUCUCAGGAAGCUAUACCAGGCACUAAUGUUGUUCUGAAAGCUGCUUUUAUGGGAACCCCCAGUUUUAAUAUUAAGUGGUUCAAAGAUGAGAAAGAGAUAUUAACUGGAGGUAGUUGCUUCAUCAAGAAAGACACCUCUUCGAGUACCUUGGAACUGCACUCUGUGAAACCAUCACAUUCUGCCAAAUAUACUUGCCAAGUUGCCAAUGAUGCAGGAAAGGUUUCAUGCACCACAGUCUUAUUUGUAAAAGAGCCUCCAAAGUUUGUGACCAAACUUGAAUCGACUAAACUAGCUGUGGAUGGCAGUAGUGUGGUUUUGGAGUGUAAAGUAACUGGCAGUCCAGAAAUUACUAUUAAGUGGUUUAAAAACAAUAUUGAAAUCAGCCCAAGUAAUAAUUAUCAAAUGACCUUCAACGACUCAGUUGCUACACUUCAGAUAUUCAAUUGUAGCUUCGAAGAGAGUGGUGAUUAUAUUUGUGUAGCCUCCAGUGAUGCUGGCAGUGACAAAUGCAGCUGCCUGGUUACCGUCAAGGAACCUCCUGCGUUCGUUAAACUCUUUGAAUCCAGAGAAGUUGUUACAGGCUGUGAUCUUGUGCUCGAGGGAUCUGUCUCAGGAACACCUCCAUUUGAGGUUUCAUGUUUCAAGGACUCGAAGCAGAUCAGAAACGAUCGCCGACAUACCAUUGGCAUUAAGAAUGAUAUGGUUACUGUCGAGAUUCUCAAGUUUGAGCCUGGAGAUGCUGGCAAAUAUAAAUGUACAGUAAUAAAUGAAGUGGGACAGGCAUCAUGUGGAUGUGAAAUUGUAUUGAAAGAGCCACCAUCAUUCGCACAGAAGCUAGAUAACAUGGAUGCUUUACUAGGCAGCGAGCUUACAAUGCAGUGUGUUCUGAAAGGCUCACUGCCCAUGACAGUGUCAUGGACAAAAGGUGACCAUGAGGUCAAAGAUACAGAGGAUGUGCAGAUUUCUUUUGAAAACAGGAAAGCAGUGCUGCAUAUUUCUAAUGUUAAGUUACAACAUUCUGGAAAGUACACUUGCCAUGCCCAGAAUGAGGCUGGACGUCAGAAGUGUACAGCAGCUUUGGUGGUCAAAGAACCAGCAACUAUUACAGAGCAGGCCAAGUCUAUCAGUGUUACAGUAGGAGAUCCUGCCACUAUGGAUUGCAGGUUCUCAGGUACUAAAUCUCUAAAAGCCAAAUGGCUGAAGGAUGGGAAAGAGCUGAUAUCCGGCAAAAAAUAUAAAAUACAAAACACUGACACGAGCUCAGUAUUAAAGAUCCUUUCCACAGAGAGGAAUGAUGAAGGCCAAUAUACAUUUGAGGUUUCAAAUGAUGUUGGCAGAAGCACUUGUGAAGCCACUCUAUCAGUACUAGAUCAAAUAAUUAAGCCAUCAUUCACAAGAAAAUUAAAGCAUUUGGAAAGUAUUAAAGGAUCGUUUGCACACCUGGAAUGUCUGGUCGCAGGAUCUCUGCCUAUAGCAAUCAAUUGGUUUAAGGAGAACAAGGAGAUAGACACUGAUGAAAAACACAAGUCUCUUUUCUUUGAGAAUGCUGCAUCUUUGGAAAUCAGUCGUCUUGAUAGUUCGGACAGUGGAAAUUAUACCUGCAUCGCUACAAACGAAGCAGGCAGUGCUCAGUGUUCUGGUGUCUUAAAAGUUAAAGAACCUCCAGUUAUCAUUGAGAAACCUGAGUCACAGCAAGUGAUACCUGGAACCAGAGUGAAAUUCGGUGUACUUGUUUCUGGAACUCCUCCGCUGACCAUCAAGUGGUUCAGAGAUAGAAAAGAGCUUUUAUCAGGGGUUGACUGUUCCAUUCACAAUGAUGACUCUUCAAGCUCACUUGAGCUGUUUUUCACUAAGCCAUCAGACUCUGGAGACUACAUUUGUGAAAUAAGCAAUGACGUUGGCUCGGAUUCCUGCCAAGCAACACUCUUUGUCAAAGAACCCCCCAAAUUCACCCGAAAGCCAGAAAAGGCUUCAGUAGUAAAACCUGGCCAGUCUGUCAUUUUUGAGUGUGAGGUGACAGGCACACCAGAAAUAGAUACAUACUGGUUUAAAGAUGGUAAUGACUUAAGUUCAGACGACAAGCAUAAAAUGAGUUUUGUCAACUCGCUGGCACGUCUUGAGAUUGCUGGUGCUGAUCUCAAAGACAGCGGUGUAUAUUACUGCGAGGCCCGCAACCAGGCCGGUAGUGAGAGCUGUAGCAUGGAUCUAAAAGUGAAAGAGCCACCGGUUAUUGUAAAGCCUCUCGCUCCUGUAGAGGUUGUGAAAGAUUCGAAUGCAUCUUUUGAGUGUCAAAUUAGAGGCACAGCUCCUUUCAAAAUAACCUGGCAAAAAGAUUCCAAGGAGCUAAAGCCCAGCAUCAAGCAUUUAAUCUCUCAGAAAAAUGGUUCGCUAAUGUUACUCCACAUACAGAAAUGCGAUGACUUGGAUGUUGGCGAGUACCAGUGUACUAUUUCAAAUGAUGUCGGAAGUUGUUCAUGUAGGACAACACUAAGCAUAAAAGAACCACCAUCAUUUGUAGAAAAGAUCCAGAAUGUGACUACAGUGUUGGGGAAUGUAGCAGAGUUUUAUUGUGUUGUGAAGGGUUCACCUCCUCUGACCAUACAAUGGCAGAAAGAUGAAGCAUGGAUCUUGGAAGAUGCUGAGAUUGUGAGGACAUUUGAGAACAAUGUUGCUAAAUUAAGAAUUCCCAAGUGCCAGUCGAACCACAGUGGAAGAUACACCUGCCAGGCUGUGAAUGAUGCAGGGCAAGAAAAGUGCUUUGCUACUCUUUUAGUUCAUGAGCCUCCCCAGAUUAUUGAGAAACCAGAGAUUAUAAAUGUCACUGCUGGAGAUCCUGUCAGUUUUGAGUGCAAGGUAACAGGCACUGCUGAACUGAAAGUGAAAUGGAGUAAAGAUGGCAAAGAGGUUGUCUCAUCCAGGCAACAUACUCUUAGUUUUGCCAACGACGUCAGUAAACUUAUGAUUCAGUCUGCACAGUUAGAUGAUGGAGGAACCUACCUCUUUGAGGUCUCCAACUACAUUAGUACCUGCAAGUGUACAGUGACUUUGAAUGUCCUAGAACAUAUAAUUCCUCCUACCUUCAACAAACCCCUGAGUGACAUGGAGGAGAUUCUCAGUUCCCCAGUUAAACUAGCAUGCAAUGUAUCUGGAUCACUCCCAAUCUCUGUGGAGUGGUUUAAAGAUGGAACUAAACUGACAGGAAAAACCAAGCAUAAACUGUUUCAGGACAACAACAGUGUCUCUUUGGAGAUUGAGCAACUAGAGAAGGCAGAUACUGGAACCUACGCUUGUAAACUUACAAACAAAGCAGGCAGUUGUGAAUGCAGUGGAACACUGAGGGUGAAAGAAAUCCCAAGCUUUGUGGUGGUGCCCAAGCCGCAGGCAGUCAUACCAAAUACCACUGUUCGUUUUACAAGUACUUUUAAAGGAACACCUCCCUUCACAGUGAAAUGGUUUAAAGAGGAUACUGAACUGAUUACUGGACCAUCCUGCUUUAUUGGCCUUGAAGGCCUGUCAAGCUUCAUAGAUCUUUUUGCUGUGGGACUUUCGAACAGUGGGCCAUACUCUUGCCAAGUUAGCAAUGAUGCUGGUACAGCGAAAUGUACCGCAAGCUUAUUGGUGAAAGAACCACCUGAAUUUGUACAGAAACUUCCAGCAACGAAGUUUCUAAAUAUGGGAUUGCCACUCCGGCUCGAAUGCAAAGUUACUGGCACGCCACCUGUGAAAAUAAGCUGGUUCAAACAUGAUCAUGCAGUUACUGAGAGUAGCAAUGCGAGGAUGGCUUUCGAUGGCUCGGUGGCAGUGCUGGAGAUUUUACAGACCUCUUGUGAUGAUGACGGUGUGUACACCUGUGAAGCUCAGAAUGAUGCAGGAACUAAGAGCUGCAGCACCACUCUCUCAGUCAAAGAACCACCAACUUUCACCAAAGUGCCCUCACCUAGUGAGGGGCUGAAAGGCAAAGAUGUCAGUAUAAGCUGUGAGCUGAAGGGACAUGCACCAUUUGAGAUAACCUGGUAUAAACACAAACAACUCCUAAAGGAAAGUAGAAAGUACAAAUUUGUGUCUGAGGGACACCAUGCUACCCUACACAUUCUUGGACUGGAUGCAUCAGAUGCCGGUGAAUAUGAAUGCAAAGCCUCAAACAAUGUAGGAACUGAUACCUGCCAAGGAGUGGUGAAACUCAGAGAGCCACCAGUUUUUGUGCAGAAACUGACCAAUUUGACAGCCAUAUCUGGUGAGGAGGUUACAUUUGGGGCAACUGUCAAAGGCUCUGAGCCAAUCACUGUAUCUUGGGUACUAGACAAGGACCAUGUUCUUAGAGAUGGUGACAACAGAAAAAUUACAUUCGAAAACAACCAGAUAACCUUGAAGAUCUUUAAAGCUGAUUCAACCACUGCUGGGAAAUACACUUGUGAGAUUAAAAAUGAUGCUGGUGUGGCACAAUGUGUGGCAAACUUAACUGUUCUAGAACCCGCUGCCAUUUUGGAUAAGACAGAGUCUGUAAGUGUCACAGCUGGUGACUCAGCAGAUUUAGAAUGCACUGUGUCUGGAACUCCAGAGCUUAAAACAAAAUGGUAUAAAAAUGGAAAGGAGCUAUCACCUGGACCAAAAUACAAAAUCACCUUCUCCAAAAAUGUAUCCAGCCUCAAGGUGUUGUCCACAGACAAAGGUGAUAUUGGAGACUACACCUUUGAGGUCUCAAAUGAAGUUGGAAGUGAUAGUUGCAAGAUGCACCUUGGUGUUUUAGAUAAAAUUAUUCCUCCCGCCUUCUCAAGAAAAUUGAAGGACAUACCCAGUAUCAUUGAUAAACCUAUUGAAUUGGAUUGCAAGGUCUCAGGUUCUGCACCUCUUACCAUUUCUUGGUACCACAAUGGCGAGGAGAUUAAGAGUGGGCCAAACUAUGAAAUUAGUUUUGCUGAGAACACCUGUAAGCUGAAGCUGCUUGUAAAACUACAUGAUGCAGGUUCAUACAAGUGUAAAGCAGUGAACAAUGCUGGAACUGCUGAAACUUCUGCCUCACUUGAUGUUAAAGAACCUCCAUCUUUUGUGACGCCUCCUCAGCCAGUUGAGGCACUCCAGGGAUCAAAUGUAACAUUCACUGCAACUGUGAGAGGAAGUGCCCCAUUAAGGCUGAAAUGGUUUAGAGGCAGUAAAGAGAUUGUGCCUAGCAAAGCCUGUGAGAUUGCUCUGAAAGGAGACGUAGCUACAUUGGAACUCUUUAACAUUGGCAAAUCUCAUGCAGGAGAGUACACCUGCCAAAUUAUUAAUGACGUUGGCAAGGAAAACACCCCUGUGAUGCUUUUUGUUAAAGAACCUGCACGCUUUGUCAAAAAGUUGAAAGACAUCUCUGUCGAAGUGGGCAAGUCAAUGAUGCUUGAAUGCACAUAUGCUGGAAGCCCUAAGAUUCUGGUGAAGUGGCACAAAGAUGGCCAGGAGAUCUUCUCCUCUUAUAGAUACAAUAUUACAACUACGGAGACCUCCUGCAUUCUGGAGUGUCUCAACAGUGAUAAAGAAGCAGGAGGGAAAUAUUCAUGUGAAGUUUCCAAUGAAGUUGGCUCUGACACCUGUGAUGCAACAGUGUCCAUUUUAGAGCCACCAUUCUUUAUUGAGAGCUUGGAACCAAUGGAAGUGACCGCAGGUGAUGCCGUCUGCCUGAAAUGCCAGAUCGGGGGCACUCCUGACAUCAAAGUGUCCUGGUUCAAAGGGGAUGGCAAAGUUCGAUCUUCUCCAACCUGUAGAAUCGAGUACUCCAAAGGUGUCGCUUGUUUAAAAUUAGCCAAAGCCACCAAAGCAGACAUUGGAGAAUACAGCUGUAAGGCAGAAAACAACAUUGGGUCUGCCUCUUCUAGUUGCCACUUAACUGUACAAGAGGCCAAGACACCACCAUCUUUCCCAAAGAAAAUCACUAGCAUUCAGCAAACUGUAGGACAACCUGUUCAGUUUGAGUGCCGUGUUGCAGGAUCAUCUCCACUAGAGAUCUCUUGGCUUAAAGAUGGCGAAGCUCUAAAGAGUGGCCCAGAGUACACAAUGUCAUUCGAUGACAACUCUGCUGUCCUGAGAAUUGCAAAAGGAGAAAUGAGACACUCUGGAGAAUACACUUGUGUUGCAACAAAUAUCGUUGGAACUGCAUCUUGUCGAGCCAAACUCACACUUCAAGAGCCAAGAUACCCACCUGUGUUUGAAAGAAAGCUUUCACCUGUUGAAGUUUCAGUCGGAAGUUCUGUGGAAUUAUCAUGCCACAUGACUGGCUCAUUGCCCAUCAAAGUCACUUGGUCAAAGGAUCAUAAAGAUAUCCGCACAGGGGGCAAUUAUAAGAUAUCCUGUGUGGAAAACACAGCACAACUGACUAUUCUGAAAGCUGAUAAGGCUGACACUGGCCGCUAUUCUUGCCAUGCUACUAAUGAUAUGGGAAAGGACUCUUGUUCAACAGAGGUCACUGUGAAAGAGGAGAAGAUUCCACCAAGCUUCACCAAAAAGCCCCCACAAACCAUUGAGGAAACAGAGGGCAAGUUGAUGAAAUUUGAGGCGCGUGUCGCUGGAUCGCAGCCGAUGAUUGUCAACUGGUACAAAGACGACAAAGAAAUAUUUGCCACUGACAGAUAUGAAAUGACCUUCAAAAGCAACAUGGCUGUAAUGGUGAUAAAGGGCUCUUCCAGCACAGACAGUGGUACUUAUACAUGCAAGGUCACCAAUGAGGCUGGUUCUGCUUCUUGCCAGGUUUCAGCUCAUAUUACAGCACGGAAGGUACCUCCAAGCUUUGAUGUGCCACUUAAACCUGUAACACUGAAUGAGGGUGAGAGACUUGCACUUAGCUGCCAUGUACGUGGCUCUCCACCACUGAAAAUUCAGUGGAUGAAGGACAGAAGGGAUUUGACCUCCUCUGCCACCACCAAGAUCACCUUUGUUGAUGGCAUCGCUACACUGGAAAUGCCUAAUGUAUCUAAAACAGAUGCAGGAGAUUACCUUUGCAAAGCAACCAAUGAAGCUGGUAGUGAGUUCUGCAAGUCCAGAGUUACCAUCAAAGAGAAGCCAAAAGCUCCUGCUGCUCCUUCUCCUGCAGCACCUGCAGCUCGUGAACCAGCAAAAAAAUUAGACAAUUUGUUCUUUAUUGAAGAACCCAAGGGUGUCCAUAUCACUGAGAAGGGCACUGCGACCUUCAUUGCCAAAGUUGGUGGUGAUCCUAUUCCUAGUGUGAAAUGGAUGAAGGGCAAAUGGAGGCAAAUGACUCACGGUGGUCGUGUUGCCAUUGUACAAAAGGACCAAGAUGCCAAGCUGGAAAUCAGAGAUGUAACCAAAUCUGAUGCUGGCCAGUAUCGUUGUGUAGCAUCAAACAAACAUGGAGAAAUCGAAUCCAGCACUGAUCUGACUGUUGAGCAGAAGAAAAUGGUUACACCUGAAAUGGUCACAUUGAAAAAAACACCAUCAAAGCAAAAAAGCCCCAAGGAGGACAAGGAAAUUGAUAUUGUUGAGCUGCUCAGAAAUGUGGACCCCAAAGAGUAUGAGAAAUACGCACGCAUGUAUGGUAUCACCGACUACCGUGGCCCUCAAGCUAUUGAGUUUCUAAAGAAGGAGAAAGAAGAAGAACAAAUGGCAAGACCUGAACUGGAACAUACAAGACGUGAGUCAGAAGAAGAGGAUCUAUCCAAACUUGUGGCUGAUUUACAGAAGAGAAUGGAACAAACUGAGCCUGUAACACUGAUCAGAGACAUCACUGACCAAACUACAGUCGCCAAUAAAGAGGCUGUGUUUGAGUGUGAGAUCAAAAUCAACUACCCAGAGAUUUCACUGUCCUGGUACAAGGGCACUCAGAAACUUGAUACAAGUGACAAGUAUGAGAUUAAAGUCGUUGGUGACCGCCAUAUCUUAAAGCUCAAGAACUGCCAGGCUCGGGAUGAGGGCAGUUAUCGCAUUGUAUGUGGGCCACAUAUCUCCAGUGCCAAACUGACUGUUUUGGAAGGAGAAGUGGAACAGCGCAUGGAGGAUGUUGCUGGUAAGGAAGGCCAAACGUGCACACUUACAUGCCAGUUUUCCAUACCUAAUGCAAAGGCUCAGUGGUUUAGAAAUGGAAAGCAUUUAGAGCCACAUGGGAGGUACACAUAUUCUGUGACCAAUUACACUCAGAAGCUAUCAAUUAAAGAUGUUAGACCUGAAGACCAAGGAGAAUAUACCUGCAAAUAUAAAAACCUUGAAACAGCUGCAAAUCUUUGGGUCGAAGCGGAGCAAAUACAUUUUACUAAACGAAUCCAGAACAUUGUGGUUCGGGAACGACAAUCUGCGACUUUUGAAUGUGAAGUGUCGUUCGACAAUGCAAUUGUAACCUGGUACAAGGACAUAUGGGAGCUUAAAGAAAGCCCGAAAUAUACAUUCAGGAGCGAAGGCCGACGGCACUUUAUGAUCAUCCGCAAUGUAACUUCGGAGGACGAAGGCGUAUAUUCAGUGAUUGUCAGAUUGGAGCCCAGAGGUGAAGCCAAAAGCACAGCAGAGCUUUACCUGUCAGGGAAAGACAUUGACAUAGGAAGGGUACCUUAUGAUAUUCCUGAUUCAUCAAUACAAGUCCCUGAAGCACCAUCUGCAUUUGCUACUGAAGCUGUAUCGACUGUCGAAUACUAUCAGUACGAGGAAAAGAUGGAAAUGAAAGCAGAGUAUGAGUACAGAACAGAAGAAAGGAUAGUAGAGGAAGUCUCUGUUAAAGUGCCAAGAAUUCCUGUGGAAGAGGUUGUUGAGAGGAAGGCACUUGGAGUGAGAGAAGAAGUACCAAUCAAAGUUCCUGAGGCGGUUGAGAAACCUGAGGAGAAACGCAUACCAGUCGACGAAAGGAUAGAACCACCAAAAAAAGUACCCGAAGCUAAGAAACCUUCAGAGGAAAAAGUUAUACCACUCAAAGUGAAAGAGCCGAAAGAAGUUCCAGCGAAAAAAGAAUACGAAGAAGCACCUGCUCCUCAGCCAACACUGCCUGCUCCAACCAAAGUGCCAGAAGUUGCAGUACCAGUGCCUAAGCCCAAAGAACCUACACCUAAACCUCCAUCAAUACCUGAAACAAAACCAGAGCCCAAGCCCAAGCCAAAGGCCAAGCCUGAGCCAGCACCUGAAAAGAAGCAAGAACCAAAGCCUGAACUGAAGCCUGUACCUAAGAAGGAAAUUGAACCACCUCCAUCCAAAGCUCCUUUGGAGUUAAAGAAAAUAAAACCAACUGAACCAGAACCACCAAGGACAGUACAGACCAAACCAGAACCAGCACCGGUUCCUAAGGACAUAGUUCCUCCAAAAGUUCCUGAACCUGAGAAGAAGGUUCCUUCAGAAAAACCAGCCAUUCCAUUGAAAAAGGAGGAAGUUGCACCUACAGUUGAAAAGAAACCAACUCCAACUCCUGUAAAGAAAAUUUCUCCAGUAGAAGAUGGUGAAAUGGAACCAGUUUCUGCACCUGAAAAGACACCAGUGAAAAAAGACGGAAAACCAAAAGAGGAGACUGCCGGAAGGGGUCGUGGACUGAGACCAAAACAAACACCUUCUCCUGGAGAUGUUGGACGAGGAAGAGGACUGAAACCUGGUGCUGGUGGUGAAAAACCUCCAGGAGAAGCUCCAUUUGAAUACACACUUAAGGCUGUUCCUCUAAAGUUUAUUAAGGAGCUUAAAGACAUUGUGUUGCAGGAGGCUGAGUCUAUUGGUUCCUCUGCUGUCUUUGAGUGCCAGAUUUCUCCUUCUACUGCCAUUACAUCAUGGAUGAAAGAUGGAAGUAACCUAAGAGAGAGUCCAAAGCACAAGUUCACUUCUGACGGAAAAGACCGCAAACUAGCCAUUAUUGAUGUCCAGCUGUCUGACACAGGGGAAUACACAUGUAUUGGCAAGCUAGGAAAUAAAGAGAAGACCUCUACUGCCAAACUUAUUGUUGAAGAGUUGCCGGUGAGAUUCACAAAGAACCUAGAAGAGGAAACUUCUGUAAUUAAGGGACAGCCCAUGUAUUUGACCUGUGAGUUAAGCAAAGACAGGGAUGUGAUUUGGAAGAAGGAUGGAAAGCCACUUAAAGAAAUUCCUGGCAAGAUUGCCAUCAAUGUUAUCGGUCUACAACGUUCCGUAACAAUCCAGGAUGCAAAUGAUGAUGAUGCUGGAGUUUACACAUGCGAGUGUGAAAAUCUUAAAACUCAGACUAACGUUAAAGUCAUUGAAAUUAUCAGAGACUGGUUGGUGAAACCAUUGAGGGAUCAGCAUGUGAAACCAAAGGCCACUGCUACCUUCAAGUGUGAGCUGGCCAAAGACACUCCCAACUGGAAGUGGUUCAAGGGAGAUGAAGAGAUUCCAAAUGAACCCACAGAUAAAACUGAAGUCAAGAAGGAUGGAAAAGACCUCACUCUGACUAUUAAAAAUGCUCAACCAAAUGAUGCUGAUGAAUAUGCCGUUGAAGUGGAAGGCCGUAGAUACCCAGCAAAACUUACACUUGGAGAGCGUGAAGCUGAGAUCCUGAAACCCCUGGCUAGUGUGGAAGUGGUUGAAAAACAGGAGGCCAAUUUCGAUACUGAAAUCUCAGAGGAGGAUGUACCUGGAGAAUGGAAACUUAAAGGGCAGGUUCUUACAAGAUCACCGACAUGCGACAUCAGAGCAGAAGGAAAGAAGCGUUUCCUUACUUUGAAAAAUGUUCAGCUUGAUCAGGCAGGAGAAGUAACUUACCAAGCUCUGAAUGCCCUCACAGCUGCAAUGCUUACAGUGAAAGAAAUUGAAAUGGACUUCAUAGUACCACUGAAGGAUAUUACAGUGCCUGAAAAGAAACAAGCAAAGUUUGAAUGUACCAUCACUAAAGAUGUGUCCAAAGUGAUGUGGUAUAGAGGAUCUGAUAUUAUAUCACCAGACCAGAAAUAUGACAUCAUUGAUGAUGGAAAGAAACACAUGUUGGUUAUAAACCAAUGUGAAUUUGAUGAUGAGGGAGAUUACAGUAUUGAGAUCUUAAACAAAACAUCAAAAGCUAAACUGACAGUGGAAGGUAUUAGACUGAAGUUUGUAUCGCCAAUGUCGGAUCAGACCGUAAAGGAAGGUAAUACCGCUCGGUUUGAGAUUGAGCUCUCUCACGAAAAUGUGCCAGUGACUUGGUACAAAAACGAAACGAAACUCCAUCCGAGCAGAACGGUUCUUACUCAUGUUGAUGGAAAGAGACAUAUAUUAGAAAUCAGAGAAACCACUCUAGACGAUACUUGUGAAAUAAAGGCAGAGGCUAAAGGAAUAUCAACUACUGCAAACCUGACAGUACUAGAGAGAGAUCCCUACUUCACAGUCAAACUUCAAGACUACACUGCAGUUGAGAAGGACGAGGUCACACUUGACUGUGAGCUGAGCAAAGAUGUUCCAGUCAAGUGGUUCCAUAAUGAGACUGAAAUUAAGGCAUCUAAGAUGGUUUCCAUGAAGGUCGAUGGUAAACGAAGAAUUCUCCAGAUUAAGAAAGUGGAGAACAAAGACAAGGGCCAGUAUGUUUGUGACUGCGGAACAGACAAAACAAAGGCCACUGUGAACAUUGAAGCUCGUGACAUUAAGGUUGUUCGCCCCAUGUAUGGUGUUGAGUUGUAUGAUGGUGAAACUGCACGUUUUGAAGUGGAACUCUCGGAGGAUGACGUUCAUGGCCAGUGGAAGUUGAAGGGAGAGGUUCUUUCUCAGUCACCGGAUGUUGAAAUCAUUGAAGAUGGAGCAAAGCACACUUUAACCUUGUACAACUGCAAAGUUCCCCAGACAGGUGAAGUGUCAUUCCAGGGCGCCAAUGCAAAAUGUUCUGCGAAUCUGAAAGUUAAAGAGCUUCCAAUUACUUUCCUUACACCUUUGAGUGAUGUGCAAGUAUAUGAGAAAGAUGAAGCGAGGUUUGAGUGUGAAAUAUCAAGAGUGCCAAAAGCCUUCAGGUGGCUGAAGGGAACCCAGGAGUUGACAGUAGAUGACAAAUUUGACAUUCUGGCAGAGGGAAAAAGGCACACUCUUGUUGUCAAAUCUGCUGCCUAUGAGGAUGAGGCUAAAUACAUGUUUGAAGCUGAGGACAAGAGAACAUCUGCCAAGCUCAUUAUUCAAGGCAUUCGUCUCGAGUUCAUCAAGCCUAUCAAGGAUGUUACUGUGAAGGAGCGUGAGACAGCAGAAUUCAGCAUUGAACUUUCACACGAAAAAGUUCAGGUCUCCUGGUACAAAAAUGAUGUGCGUUUGCACCCAAGUAAAGUGGUACACAUGUCUGAACAUGGCAAGAUACACACUCUGUCCUUCAAGGAGGUGUCCAUUGAUGAUACCUCUAUGAUCAAAGCAGAGGCCCUUGGAAAAAGCUGUGAGGCAAUGCUCACAGUACUUGAGGGCGAAGCUUAUUUCACUACUAAGCUCCAGGACUACACAGCAGUUGAGAAGGAUGAGGUGGUGCUGAUGUGUGAAUUGAGCAAACCCUCUGCUGAGGUGAAAUGGUUCAAGGAUGGCAAGGAAAUUACCCCCUCUAAAAAUAUCCUCAUCAAGGCUGAUGGAAAGAAACGUAUUCUUACAGUAAAGCGAGCUGAUAAGGCAAACAUUGGUCAAUAUACUUGCGAUUGUGGCACUGACAAAACAACAGCUAAGCUGAAUAUUGAAGAUCGCAAUAUUAAGGUUGUCCGGCCACUGUACAGCGUGGAAGUUACAGAGACUGAGACGGCUCGCUUUGAGACAGAAAUCUCAGAGGAGGAUGUCCAUGGAAAUUGGAAACUCAAAGGAGAAGCCUUAUACCAGUCACCAGACUGUGAAAUUAAGGAAGAAGGCACGAAACACAUGCUGAUUCUGUACAACGUACGCAAGGACAUGGCUGGUGGUGUGGACUUCAGUGCAGCCAAUGCUAAAUCUAGUGCUCAGCUUCGAGUUAAAGCACGAGUGAUUGGCCUCAUCCGGCCUCUCAGGGAUGUCACAGUUACGGCUGGGGAGACCGCAACCUUUGACUGCGAACUGUCAUAUGAGGGCAUAUCUGUGGAAUGGUUCCUUGGGGGUAAUAAACUGGAACCGAGCGACAGAGUGGUGACCAGAGCUGAAGGCAGAAUCCAUACGCUGACCCUAAGAGACGUAAAACUGACUGAAGCAGGUGAGGUAAAACUCACUGCAAAGGAUUUCCAAAUCCAGGCCAAGCUCAUUGUAAAAGAGCCUCCAGUCGAGUUCACCAAGCCACUCGAGGACCAGACUGUAGAGGAAGAAGCUACUGCAAUACUAGAGUGUGAGGUCUCCAAAGAAAAUGCGGAAGUCAGGUGGUUUAGAGAUGGACAAGAAAUCCGCAAAACAAAGAAGCAUGAGAUGGUUGCUGAUGGCCGCAAGAGGAAGCUUAUCAUCCAUGACUGCACACUUGACGAUUCAAAGACUUAUACCUGCGAUUCCAAAGAUUUUAAGACUUCUGCUUUCCUAAAUGUUGAGCCUCCACAUGUUGAGUUCACUAAACCACUCCAUGAUGUUGAGGUAAUGGAGAAAGAAACUGCCAAGUUUGAGUGUGAGGUUUCCAGAGAAAAUGCCAAGGUUCGCUGGUUCAAGGAUGGUAAUGAAAUCAGGAAAGGCAAGAAAUAUGAUAUCAUUUCUAAAGGUGUUCAGCGUAUUCUCAUCAUUAGCAAGUCUGUGUUUGAUGAUGAAGCAGAAUAUGAAUGUGAUGCAAGGACCUCCAAGACCUCUGGCAUGCUUACUGUUGUCGAGGAGGAGGCAAGGUUCACAAAGAACCUCGCUAAUGUUGAAGGCACUGAAACCGACAGUAUUAAACUGAUCUGUGAGGUCUCCAAGUCCAGUGCAGAGGUUACAUGGUAUAAAGGAGACCAGGAAUUGCCUGAGGGUGGUAGAUAUGAACAUGUUGCAGAUGGCAGAAAGAGAAUCCUUAUCAUACAAGGCCUUCAAUUGAGUGAUGUUGGAGAAUAUCACUGCAAACUGCCUACCUCACAAACUACAGGAAACCUGAGAGUCAAUGAACUUGCCGCUGAGCUCAUCUCCAGACCUCAAAGCCAGGAGGUGGUUGAAGGUGAAAAAGCAGAGUUUGUGUGCACUGUGUCCAAAGACUCUUACGAAGUCAAAUGGUUCAGGGGUGACAAAGAACUCCAUACAGAUGACAAGUAUGAAAUUAUUUCUGAUGGCAAACGACAAGCCCUUGUAGUGAAGAAAUGUGAGCUCAGUGAUGAAGGUCCUUUUGUGGCUUCCAUUGGUGCUACGAGAGCUUCAGCAGAUUUGAUUGUUCAUGAGAAACUUAGAAUUAUCACACCCCUCAAGGACACAAAGGCAAGUGAAGGACAAGAGAUUGUUCUCAACUGUGAGGUGAACUCAGAGGAAGCCAAGGCCAAGUGGAUGAAGAAUGAUGAAACAAUAUUCGAUAGCAGCAAAUUUAUCAUGUCCCAGAAAUACAAUGUGUACUCUUUGAGAAUUAAAGACGCCGAAAUGUCUGAUGCGGCUACUUACCACUUAAUACUGACCAAUCAUCGCAAUGAGUGCGUCAAGAGUUCUGCCAAGAUUACUGUACAGGCUGAGGAUCUGAGAAUCAUUGUUCCUCUGGACGAUGUGGAAACACAGGAGAAGAAGGCCAUCAGCUUCUCAUGCAAAGUAAACAAACUAAAUGCAACUGUACAGUGGAUGAAAGCAGGGCAGGAGAUUACUCUCAGCAAGCGCAUUGUAUACCGCGUUGACAAGGACAAGCACACCUUGACUAUUAAAGACUGUAGUCUGGCAGAUGAAGGGGAGUACGUUGUCACUGCUGGUGCCGACAAGUCCACUGCUGAGUUGAUUAUCAGUGAAGCACCUACAGACUUUAUUACCCAACUUCAAGACCAGACCAUUCCUGAAUUUGAAGAUGCUGAAUUUACGUGCCAAGUCUCUAAAGAAAAGGCUGAAAUCAAAUGGUAUAGAGAUGGCAGAGAGAUCAGAGAGUCUCCACGAUAUCAGUUUGAGCGUGAUGGAAAGACCUGCACACUACGCGUUAAGGAGUGCAGACCUGAUGAUGAAUGCGAAUAUGCUUGUGGUGUAGAUGAGAAAAAAUCAAGAGCUCGUCUGUUUGUUGAAGAAACACCGGUUGAGAUUGUCAGACCACCUGUGGAUAUAUUUGAGCUCCCAGGCUCAGAUGUUGUGUAUGAGGUGGAGCUCAACAAGGACAGAGUUGAAGUUAAAUGGCUAAGGAACAACAUGACUAUUGUCCAGGGGGACAAAUACCAAAUGAUGAGCGAAGGCAAGAUUCACAGGCUUCAAGUAUGUGAGAUUAGACCUCGUGAUCAGGGAGAGUACAGAGUUAUUGCGAAAGACAAGGAUGCCAAAGCCAAGCUUGAGCUUGCAGCUGCACCAAAGAUCAAGACAAUGGAUCAGGACUUAGUGACCGAUGCUGGGAAACCAUUUGUCAUGUCAGUUCCCUAUAAUGCCUACCCACAUGCUGAGGCUGAAUGGUUCUUUGAUAACAUUAGCCUGCCUAAAGACAAUCUUCACACAAUGCCAGACAAAGCCGAGUACCGUUUGAAGGACCCUAAGAAGUCAGAUGAAGGCCGGUAUAAGGUCAUUAUCAAGAACAAGCAUGGACAGGGAGAAGCUUUCAUUAAUCUCAAAGUCAUUGAUGUUCCUGGCCCUGUAAAGAACCUGCAUGUGGUUGAUACUGCUGACGGAGAGGUCAGCAUUGCAUGGGAUGAGCCUGAAAGUGAUGGUGGCAGCAAGAUCAUAGCCUAUGUGGUUGAGAGACGUGAUGUCAGGCGCAAAACUUGGACUCUGGCAACUGACCUUGCUGAUACCACAGAAUACACAAUCACUGGGCUACAAAGAGACUCCAAAUACUUUUUCCGUGUUUGUGCACGCAAUAGAGUUGGAAGCGGUCCGAAUGUUGAAACGGAUGAAGCUGUGCAAGCUAAGAAUAAGUUUGAUGUUCCUGAUCCACCCCAAAAUGUUAUCGUUGGAAACGUAAAUAAGUUUGGUGCCACAGUCUCCUGGGAACCACCUCUGUUUGAUGGUGGAUCUGAAAUCACCUCGUACAUCAUUGAACUCCGUGACCGAACAUCUGUGCAAUGGUCUCCAGUCAUGGUGACUAAAGCACAAGAUCGUUCAGCAAUCAUCAAUGACGUUAUUGAAAACAAGGAAUACAUCUUCCGUGUUAGAGCAGAGAACAAGGCUGGUCCUGGCAAGCCAAGUGCUGCCACUAACCCUGUUAAAAUCAUGGAUCCAAUAGAGAGACCAAGCCCACCCCUGAAUCUGAUGCACUCUGAGCAGACUAGGGAUUCUUGUCUGCUGACAUGGGAGACUCCUCUUAGAAAUGGAGGCAGUAUGAUCACCGGUUAUAUUAUUGAGAGGUGUGAGGAAGAUACAGAUAAAUGGCUGAGAUGUAAUGCCAGACUUUGCCAGGAUCUGUCAUACAGGAUUGCUGGUCUUAAAUUCGGAAAGAAUUAUAAGUACAGAGUCAUGGCUGAGAAUGCAGCUGGACAGUCUGACCCAUCAAACAUUGUUGGACCCGUGCUGGCAGAUGACCCACACUUUGCACCUACACUGGACUUGAGUGCCUUCAAGGAUGGCCUAGAGGUCAUUGUACCUCAGCCACUUUCUAUUCGUGUUCCCAUCACUGGCUACCCGACACCCACUGCUAAGUGGACCUUUGGUGACAAGGAGCUCAUUUCUGGUGACCGAGUGUCCAUGGUCACAAAGAGCACAUUUACAGAGUUAGUCAUUACUCCAAGUGUGCGACCUGAUAAAGGCACAUAUUCUCUGACACUGGAAAAUGAUGUAAGCAGCGUCUCUGGAGAGAUUGAUGUCAAUGUCAUUGCAUGUCCAAGUGCACCCAAGGAUUUCAAGGUUGCAGAAGUAACACGAAGACAUGUGCAUCUGAUGUGGGAAGCACCAGAGCAUGAUGGCGGCAGUCCACUUACAGGCUAUCAGGUUGAGAAGCGUGACGUGUCCAGAAAGACAUGGGUCAAGGUCAUUAGUGGUGUGCAAGACCAGGAAUACACUAUCACAGAUGUGAUUGAGGGCAAGGAGUACUUGUUUAGAGUUGUCGCCUGCAACAAGUGUGGCCCUGGAGAGCCUGCAUAUAUUGAUGAUCCUGUAAAUGUGUCUUCCCCAGCCACUGUUCCAGAUCCACCAGAGAAUCUUAAAUGGAGAGACAAGUCAGCCAGCAAAAUAUUUUUAUCUUGGGAACCUCCAAAAUGGGAUGGUGGUGCACCAAUUAAAGGCUACACUGUGGACAAAUGCCAACGUGGCACUGACAAGUGGGAGCCAUGUGGAGAUUUGACACCUGACCUUAAGUUUGAGGUUACUGGUCUGAUCGAGGGACAGUGGUAUGCUUAUCGUGUGAGAGCCUUGAACAGACUGGGCUCAGGUAGACCCUGUAAGGCAACUGAUGAGAUCUUGGCAGUUGAUCCUAAAGAGCCUCCAGAAAUUCACUUGGAUGCAAAAAUCCUGGCAGGCUUAACUGCAAAGGCUGGCACAAAGAUUGAGCUUCCUGCUGAAAUCACAGGCAAACCAGAACCUAAAGUCAAAUGGACCAAGGCUGACCUAAUCCUUAAGGAAGAUGACAGAAUAUCUAUUGAUACUAAGCCUGGUCACUCCACAGUGACAAUUGCUAAGACAAAACGGGAUGACUCAGCAACAUACAUUAUUGAAGCCGUUAACAGCAGUGGCCGUGCAACAGCAACUGUUGAUGUAAACAUUCUAGAUAAACCGGGCCCUCCAGCUGCCUUUGAUAUUUCUGAAAUCACCAAUGAAUCCUGUUUAUUGGCUUGGAAUCCACCCAGAGAUGAUGGUGGCUCGAAGGUGACAAACUACAUAGUUGAAAGAAGGGCUACAGACAGUGAAAUCUGGUAUAAGCUGUCUUCUACUGUGAAGCAGACGAACUACAAAGCCACCAAGCUUGUGACUUUCAAAGAAUAUAUCUUUAGAGUUUAUGCUGAGAAUCAGUUUGGCAUUGGUCCACCAGCUGAACAUACUCCAAUUGCUGCCAAAUAUCCAUUUGAUCCACCUGGACCUCCAUACAAACUGGAGGCAUCUGAUAUUACCAAGGAUGCUGUAACUCUGAACUGGAUUGAGCCUGAUGAAGAUGGAGGAAGUCCCAUUACUGGCUACUAUGUGGAGAGAUUUGAGCCUGAUGCUGAUAAGUGGAUACGAUGCAAUAAAUUACCAGUUAGCGACACAACCUUGAGGGUGAAAGGAUUGCCCACCAGGAAGAAGUAUAAGUUCCGUGUUUUGGCUGAAAAUCUUGCCGGACCAGGCAAACCAAGCAAGGAGACUGACCAAAUCAUGAUCAAGGAUCCUAUUGAUCCUCCAUGGCCUCCUGGCAAGCCAAAUGUUAAGGAUGUUGCAAAGACUUCUGCUUUCCUGCAAUGGACAAAGCCUGAGCAUGACGGUGGUGCUAAGAUUGAGUCCUACAUUAUUGAGCUUCUCAAGAGUGGAACUGAUGAGUGGGUUCGUGUAGCAGAUGGCAUACCUUCUCUUGAAUAUUUCCUGAAGGGAUUAAUGGAGAAGCAGGAAUACUCCUUCCGAAUCAGAGCUGUCAAUGCAGCCGGCGAGAGUGAACCUAGUGAACCUAGCAACCCUGUUCUUUGCAAGGAGAGACUCAAUCCUCCAUCCCCACCAAGAUGGCUCCAGGUGGUUAGUAUUUCACGUAACAAUGCAGAACUGAAGUGGACAGCUCCAGAGAGAGAUGGUGGCUCUCCAAUUACCAAUUAUAUAGUGGAAAAGAGAGAUGUGAGACGCAAAGGCUGGCAGGUGGUGGAUACCACAGUAAAAGAGCUGAUAUACACUGUCACUCCACUGAAUGAUGGCUCUCUCUAUGUAUUCCGUGUGGCAGCUGAAAAUGCUGUUGGACCCAGUGAAUACUGUGAACUUGUCGACUCCGUUCUGGCAAAAGACACAUUCACCACUCCUGGACCUCCUUAUGCUUUGACUGUCACAGGCGUGUCAAAGACACAUGUUGAUCUCAAAUGGGAAGCACCUAAGAAUGAUGGUGGCAGACCUAUCCUACGGUAUGUCAUUGAGAAGAAAGAGAAACUUGGAACACGUUGGGUAAAAUCUGCAAAGACAUCAGGUCCUGACUGCGAUUAUAGAGUCACUGAUGUCAUUGAAGGCACUGAGGUACAGUUCCAGGUCCUUGCUGAGAAUGAGGCUGGCGUUGGUCACCCAAGUGAACCUACAGACAUUGUGGUAAUUGAGGACCCAACAGGUCCACCAUCUCCUCCUCAGGAUCUCCAUGUCACAGAGGCAGCUAGAGAUCAUAUCUCUAUUGCCUGGAAAGCUCCCGACAAUAAUGGAGGCAGUCCAGUCACUGGAUAUCACAUUGAGCUUUGUGAAGCUGGCACAGAAAAGUGGAUGAGAGUUAACUCUCGGCCCGUUAAAGAGCUGAAAUACAGGGCUGGUGAGGAGGAGGGCAUCGUUCCUGAGAAGCAAUACAUUUUCAGAGUCCGUGCUGUCAACUCAGUUGGUGCUAGUGAGCCAUCUGAGAUCUCUGAGAGUGUAUAUGCUAAAGACUCUGACUGCAACCCUACCAUUGAGUUCCAGACCAAGGACGUAGUUGUUGUGGAGGGUGAGCAGAUGCACCUUCCAAUUCCAUUUAAAGCUGUUCCAUCGCCUAGAAUCACAUGGCACAAAGAUGGCAAGGAGAUGAAGGCUGACGACAGAACUUCAUUUAGAUCAGAUUACAUUUCCUGCCAUCUGGAAAUUCCAAGCUGCCUGCAUUCUGAUGCUGGUCAAUACAAAGUUACCCUGGAGAAUAGCCUUGGAACAAUCAGCGGGACAAUCAACGUUAAAGUUAUCGGUCUUCCUGGGCCAUGCAAGGAAAUUGUUGCUAGUGAUAUUACCAAGAGCUCCUGCAAAGUGACAUGGGAACCUCCAGACUAUGAUGGUGGUAGUCCUAUUCUGCAUUAUGUCCUGCAGCGCAGAGAAGCGGGCAGGAGAACUUAUGUCAAUGUCAUGUCUGGUGAGAACAAACUCAGCUGGUCUGUCAAGGACCUCAUCCAAAAUGGGGAAUACUAUUUCCGUGUCAGGGCAGUAAACAAAAUUGGCGGUGGAGAGUUUAUUGAGCUUCGCAACCCUGUAAUUGCUGCGGAUCAGAAGCAUCCACCUGAUCCACCGGUUGAUGUUGAAACUCACAAUCCUACUUCCGAAUCUGUGACCCUUACUUGGAAGCCACCUAUGUAUGAUGGUGGAGCCAAGAUUAUGGGUUAUAUUCUAGAGAAGAUGAUGAAAGGUGAAGAAAAAUUUGAACGCUGCAAUGACUACCUUGUACCAGUAUUGUCCUACACGGUGAAGGGCUUGAGGCCAGGAAAAGAGUACCAGUUCCGUGUGCGUGCAGAGAAUCCAGCAGGCAUUAGUGAGCCUUCUCGUUCCUCUCCUAUGGUCAAAGCCACUGAUGCAGUUGACCGUCCCAAAGUGUUCCUCAGUGGCAGUUUGCAAUCAGGCUUAAGUGUCAAGAGAGGUGAGGAGAUCAGACUAAUUGCCUACAUUUCUGGGUUCCCUUACCCGGAAAUAACAUGGUCAAGGAACAAUUCAACCAUCAGGCCAGAGGCACUGAGAAAGAGGCCAGAAAAGCCUAAAAAGAAGAAGGAGAAGAAGGCAGAGGAAGAAAAAAUAGAAGAAGACAAGGAGAAAAAGGAAGAAAAGCCUAAAGAAGGGGAGGAAAAGAAGGAGGAAGAGAAGAAGGAGAAACCAGUAGAAGUAGAAGAACCAGAAGAGCCAGAGGAGGAAUACCACCCAUCUCUGAAUGAGCGUCUUACCAUUGAUAACUCAAGGAAGGGUGAAUCCUGCAUUUUUGUGAAAGACGUUAUCAGAGGCGAUCAUGGUGUUUACACCAUCAAGGUGGAGAAUGAUCAUGGUAUUGCCUCUGCCACCUGUGAAGUUAAUGUUCUUGACACUCCUGGACCUCCAGUCAACUUCAAAUUUGAGGAAGUAAGGAAGGAUUCUAUUAUCUGCAAGUGGGAACCUCCACUAGAUGAUGGUGGCAGUGAGGUCCUAAAUUAUUUGUUAGAGAAGAAAGACAACUCCAAGCUUGAGACUGGAUGGGUCACUGUGACUUCAACAAUCAGAGGUUGCAAGUAUCCAGUGACAAAUCUGAUUGAAGGAAAGGAGUACCUUUUCAGAGUUACUGCUGAGAACAGAUAUGGUCCUGGAAAACCUGCUAUCUCCAAACCCGUCAUUGCCAAGAAUCCAUUUGAUCCCCCAGAGGCACCUGAGAAACCUGAAAUUAAAGACAUUACAGCAAACAGCAUGGUUGUUACUUGGAAUGAACCAAACGACAAUGGAAGCCCCAUCCAAGGAUACUGGGUGGAAAAACGCGAAAUCAACAGUACACACUGGGCACGAGUUAAUCGCAGCAUCAUUAAUGCGCUGGAAGUAAAUGUCGAAGGUCUUUUGGAAGGAUUGACAUACAUUUUCAGAGUCUGUGCAGAAAAUUUAGCCGGAUGUGGAAGGUUUAGUCCACCAUCUGAUCCAAAAACAGCCCAGGCUCCAAUUUUGCCACCGGGUCCACCAAUUCCACGAGUUGUUGACACCACAGACCAUUCAAUAACAGUUGAAUGGGAUCCUCCUGCAGACAAUGGUGGUGCAGAGAUUUUUGGUUACCAAGUCGACAAGGUACUUGCUGGGACUAAUGACUGGUCAAGAGCCACAGAGAGACCAUGGAAAACCAGGACAUUUACUGUUUAUGGUGUCAGAGAAAAGGCUAAGUACAUUGUACGUGUGAUAGCGGUCAACUGUGUUGGUGAAGGUGCUCCCGGUAUGACCAAUGCAGUCAUUGUGAAGAAUCCAGCAGAAAUGCCUGUAAUUGAACUUGAUAUCUCUGUGAAGAAUGGUCUUAUUGUAAGAGCUGGUGAGAUCCUGAGGAUUCCUGCACAUGUAACGGGUAGACCUAAACCGUCACUCCAAUGGACAAAGGAUGAUAAAAAACCAGACAAGGAUCGUGUAGAAAUAGAAGAAGUAGGCCAGGACAGCACUCUUAUUGUCAGGACUUCAAAUAGAAGUGACAGUGGCAGAUACCAGAUUACUGCAGCAAACCCAAGUGCCAUCAAGUCUGCAUGGACCAGGGUUGAAGUUGUUGAUGUUCCUGGGCCUGUCCUUGAACUCAAGCCUGUCGUAGUAACCAGAAAGUUAAUGAUUCUGAACUGGUCCGAUCCUGAUGAUGAUGGUGGUAGUGAUUUGACUGGCUUCAUUGUUGAAAGAAGAGAGCCCAAGAUGCACACAUUUAGACAGCCCAUUGAAACUGUUGCUUCUAAAUGUGAAAUUGGGGGUAUCGUUGAAGGACAGGAAUACAUCUUCCGAGUCGUGGCGAAGAAUAAAUAUGGCUGUGGACCACCAGUUGAUCUUGGACCUGUUCGUGCUGUUGACCCACAAAGUCCACCUACCUCUCCUGAGAAGUUCCACUACACAGAAAGAACCAAGUCCUCCAUUACCCUUACAUGGAAACCACCUCGCAAUGAUGGUGGCAGUCCAGUUAUUGGAUACAUCAUAGAAAAGAAACGUCAAGAUCAUCCUGCUUUCCAGCCUGUCUCCCCAGACAUGUGCACAGAUCUGACACUGACUGUAGAGAAUCUGGAUGAGCUGCACAUGUAUGAAUUCCGUGCAAAGGCUGUGAAUAGCAUUGGGGAAAGUGAUCCUUCUAUCCCCUUGACUGUUGUGAUUCAGGAUGAUGAAGUUCCUCCAACUUUGCACAUGUUGAAGCACUUCAAAGGUGACUUGAUUAGAGUGAGGAAGAAUGAGCCAGUUGAGAUCCCUGCUGAAAUCACAGGUCUCCCAAUGCCAAAGGUUGAAUGGUUUAAGAAUGAUGUUCUUAUUGACAAGCCCACUGAGAGAAUCCUGACUGAGACCAAACAGAUUGACAGACUCACAGAACACUCCAAACUCACUAUCCCAGCUGUUUCAAGGCUGGAAAAGGGAGUAUACACUGUAACUGCUUCAAAUCGCCUUGGAACACUUAGCCAUUACAUCACAGUGGAGGUGUUGGAUCGACCAACACCACCAAGAAAUGUUGCAGUUUCAAAUAUCCGAGCCCAAUCUUGCCAACUGACCUGGGAUGCACCACUGGAUACUGGUGGCUGUGAGCUCACCAAUUACAUUGUUGAGAUGAAAGACCUUGAUGUUGAAGAUGCAGAGAAAGCAGAAUGGGUUCAGAUUACAGACAAAAUAAUAGAUAAGAAAUAUGGGGCAUGGGACCUUGUAACUGGUAAAAACUAUAAGUUCAGAAUUAAAGCUCAGAACAAGUACGGGAUAAGUGAUGGCUGUGAAUCUGAAGAGGCGCAAAUAAGGGAUCCAUUCGCCCUACCUGGCCCUCCAGAAAAAGUUACUAUAGCAGAACAUUCUAAAGUCCAUAUGCUAGUAACAUGGGAGCCUCCUAUGGAUUGUGGCGGGUCUAGGAUCAUUGGCUAUUGGCUGGAGAAGCGGCAAAAAGGCACCACCCACUGGGCUAAAGCAUGCAAAUCCCUGGUAUCUAAACGUGGCAUGAAAGGCUGGGAAUGUCACGUCACACGUCUCAUUGAGGGACUUGAAUAUGAAUUCCGAGCGAUGGCUUGCAACGCUGCAGGAGUUGGUCCCCCAAGCGCUGUUUCUGAAUCAGCCUUUGCUGAUGAGCCUAUUACUCCACCUGGCAUGCCAGCAGCUCCUUUAAUUGCUGACAAAACCAAGCGUAGUGUCACUCUUUCAUGGACCCCACCAGCCAAAGAUGGUGGCAGCCCAAUCAAGGGUUACAUAAUUGAAAUCCAAGAUGAGGGCACAUCUGACUGGACAAGAGUAAACGAUGCAGACACUCUCAACCCUACAACUGAAUUUACCGUUCCCAAUCUCCAGGAACUCAAGAAAUACAGAUUUAGAAUUAUUGCAGUAAAUGCUAUUGGCGAGUCUGAGCCAAGUCCCAGAACCACCGAGGUUCUCAUGGAGGACAUUCACACUGAACCAAAGUUAUUUAUGGACAUCAAAGCUGAAGAAUUAGUAUCAAUCCCUGCUGGAACUCCAAUCAAAAUCCCAGUAACUGUCUCUGGACGUCCUGUUCCCAAGGUCUCUUGGGAAUUUGCUGGCAAAGCAAAGACAGAGACGAAAGAUCGUGUUCAUACUCUCCCAGUUGAUUCACAGGUGGAAUCUACUGAUACUACCUCUGUCUUAACAAUUCCUGUGAGCGUAAGAGCUCACUCUGGCCGAUACACUGUAACAGCAAAAAACAAAACUGGACAGAAGCAUAUUAAUAUCAGAGUCAUUGUGCUUGAUGUUCCUGGACCACCCAAGGAUCUCAAAGUUACCGAUGUGACCAGAUCUACAAUGCGAAUUAUCUGGAAGCUUCCAGAUACUGAUGGUGGAGAGAGAAUUAAGAGCUACUUUAUUGAAAAGAAAGCUGUAAGUGGAAAAGCCUGGACAACAGUAAAUCCAGCCUGUGCCAAUAUGGCCUUUGUGGUACCUGAUCUUCUUGAGGGCCAAGAAUAUCUGUUCCGAGUUCGUGCUGAAAAUCGUCUUGGAAUGGGUCCAUUCACUGAGACUACAGAGCCAGCAAGGGCUAGAGAUCCAAUUUAUCCUCCUGAUGCUCCAACUAAGCUCAAGAUAAACCUGGUCACCAAAAACACAGUCAAUCUAUCAUGGAUGCCUCCCAAAAAUAAUGGUGGUGCUCCAGUAACACAUUACAUUAUUGAAAGGCUGAGCUGGGACACCAGUGGUCCACAAAAGGAAACCUGGAAACAGUGCAAUAAAAGGGAUGUUGAAGAGACAACCUUUAUUGUUGAAGAUCUAAAUGAGGGUGGGGAAUAUGAGUUCCGUGUCAAGGCAGUGAAUGAAGCUGGACCAAGCAGACCCUCUGCUACUGUUGGACCAAUAAUUAUUAAGGACCAGACUUGUGCUCCAACUAUUGAACUUCGAGAAUCAUUGGAGAGUGCAGAAACAUUUGAUGUCAACAUACUUGCCAGGAUUCAGGGCUGUCCAUUCCCAUCGCUCGUCUGGCAGAAAGCCUCAUUUGACAAACCUGAUGAAAAGUUGGAUGUACAAUAUGAUCAGCAUAUCAAUAAAAUUGUCUCUGAUGACAAAUGCAGUCUGGUAAUUCAACAAUCUAAGAGAAACGACAGUGCGAUUUACACUCUCACUGCUACUAACAGCCUUGGCAAGGCUUCCAAGGAUAUUAAACUUACCAUUUUUGGACGACCUGGCCCACCAAUUGGACCAGUCAAGAUUGAGGAGGUCUUUGCUGAAAGAAUUGGACUCUCCUGGAAGCCACCCACAGAUGAUGGUGGUUCGAAAAUCACAAACUAUGUCAUAGAGAAGCGUGAAGACAACAGAAAGUCAUGGGUGCAUGUAUCUAGCGAUCCUAAGGAAUGUGCAUAUACUGUUCAGAGGCUAACAGAAGGGCAUGAAUACGAGUUCCGUAUUAUGGCUCAGAACAAAUACGGUGUUGGGCCACCACUUUAUAGUGAGCCUGAGAAAGCAAGAAACCUAUUCACUGUCCCAGGACAAUGUAACAAGCCAACUGUCUCAGAAGUCACUCUUGAAUCUAUGACUGUUGAAUGGGAGGAGCCAGAGUAUGAUGGUGGAUCUCCAGUUACUGGCUAUUGGUUGGAGAAGAAGGAAACUACAUCAAAACGUUGGACUAAAGUGAACCGUGAACCCAUUCGAAUCAGGCCCCUUGGUGUUUCACAUGUGGUGACUGGUCUUUUGGAAGGCGCUACCUACCAGUUCCGUGUCAGUGCCAUCAAUGCUGCUGGAUCUGGCCCUCCAAGUCUGCCAUCAGAUCCUGCUGUUUCUAGAGAUCCAAUUACUCCACCAGGACCACCUCUGCCAAAGGUAACAGACUGUACUAAGUCAACUGUAGAUCUUGAAUGGAUUCCGCCAAUGAUUGAUGGCGGAUCUAAGAUCACAGGAUACUUUGUUGAAUACAAAGAAGAAGGGAAGGAGGAAUGGGAGAAGGCUAAAGACAAGGAGAUUAGAGGCACUAAGUUUGUUGUUCCUGGACUCAAAGAGCUUGGACUUUACAGAUUCAGAGUAAGAGCAGUGAAUGUUGCAGGAGUUGGUGAACCAGGUGAAGUCACAGAAGUGAUUGAGGUCAAGGAUAGAACAAUUCCACCUGAAGUGGAUCUGGAUGCAACUGUAAAGGAGAAAAUCACUGUUCAUGCUGGUGGUGUAAUCCGUAUUAUUGCUUAUGUAUCUGGCAAACCUGCCCCAGAAAUUAUCUGGAACAAAGAUGAUGGUGAUAUGCCUAAAGAGGCUGUUGUUGAGACUACUUUUAUCAGCUCUUCUCUUGUCAUCAAAAACUGCAAAAGAAAUCAACAAGGUAUUUACACUCUGACUGCCAAAAAUGAAGGAGGAGAAAGAAAGAAGGCAGUGAUUGUGGAAGUGUUGGAUGUUCCUGGACCUGUUGGUCAGCCUUUCUCUGGUGUAAAUCUGACUACUGACUCCUGCAAGCUGACAUGGUCUUCACCUGAGGAUGAUGGUGGUUCAGCCAUCACCAAUUACAUAAUAGAAAAAAGAGAAUCUGACCGCAGAGGCUGGACUUCAGUAACAUACACUGUGACAAGACAUAAUGCAGUCGUUCAAGGUCUUAUUGAUGGCAAAGGUUACUUCUUCAGAAUUGCUGCUGAAAAUAUCAUUGGAAGAGGGCCAUUUGUUGAGACUGCAUCCGAAGUUCUUAUUAAGGAUCCUAUUUCUGUCCCUGAGCGUCCAGAGGAUCUGGUAGUCACAGUUGUCACGAAAGAUUCAAUUGGCGUAGCUUGGAGACCACCAAAGUACGAUGGAGGUGCUGAUGUGACGAGCUAUGUUCUUGAAGUCCGUCAGUUAGGAAAGGACCACUUUACUCGUAUUGCAGCUGAUGAUAAGUUAAUGGAUCGUAAAUUUGUUCAUGAGGGUUUAAAACCAGGCGCUACAUAUGAAUUCCGUGUCAGUGCAGUAAAUCAAGUUGGCCAAGGCAAGCCAUCAUUCAGCACUAAACCUAUUACAUGCAAGGAAGAACUUGAACCACCCACACUUGAUUUAGAAUUCCGUGACACAGUUUUAGUUCGUGUUGGCCAGUCCUGCACUCUCCAAGGUCGUUAUACAGGGAAACCAACACCAACAAUAAAAUGGUUUAAAAAUGAUGAGGAACUCCAAGCAAAUGAUGAAAUUAUGCUUACUAGCACUAAGCGGACCUUAUGCUUGUCAAUUGAAAAGGCUAAGCGUGAUCACAGUGGUAAAUAUAGUGUGGUUUUGGAAAACUCAAUCGGCACACAGAAGGGCAUCUGCACUGUAAUUGUUGUUGAUCGACCCCAGCCUCCAGAGGGACCUGUUGUCUUUGACGAAAUCUUUAGGGGUCACAUGGUCAUCUCUUGGAAACCACCACUGGAUGAUGGUGGAAGUGCUGUAUUAAAUUACAUUGUCGAAAAGAGAGAUAGCAACAGGGAUCUCUGGAUGCCUGUCACAGAGUCCUGCACUAGAACAACAUGUAAAGUGCCCAAACUAAUUGAGGGCAGAGAGUACAUUAUUAGAAUAUGUGCACAGAACAUUCAUGGCAUAAGUGAUCCGCUGCUGUCCACCGAGACUAAAGCAAGGGAUGUUUUCAAGGUGCCUGAUGCUCCUAAACAACCAGUAGUAAAAGAGGUGUACAAAGACACUGCUCUGCUUUCCUGGGAGCCUCCAGCUGAUGGUGGAAAACCAAUUACAAACUACAUUGUUGAGAAGAGGGAAACUAUGUCAAACAGAUGGGUUCGUGCUGGAACUGACCGCAUCUACCCUCAAACAGAAUACUGGGUUCCAGACCUUCUCAAAGGAUGUGAAUAUGAGUUCCGUGUCAUGGCAGAGAACAUCAUUGGUGUUGGUGAUCCUAGCCCACCAUCAAAGCCUGUCUUUGCUAAAGAUCCCAUUGUCAUUCCAAGCCCACCAGUUAAUCCAAUGGCAAUCGAUAAAACAAAGAACUCGGUCACUUUAUCUUGGGAGCCGCCAAAGGACUGCGGCAGAGGAAAAAUCUUUGGCUAUCUGCUCGAGUACCAGGGAGCUGGAGCUGAAGAAUGGGUACAGGUUAAUCAGACUCCUGAGUCCUGCCCAGAAACAACAUUCAAAAUAAUCAACCUUGAAAAUGAAAUGUUGUACCGGUUUAGAGUCAAAGCAGUGAAUGCAGCUGGGGAAUCUGAGCCUGCGAAUGUUCCUGAGCCUGUUCGGGCACAGGACAGAUUUGAGCCUCCAGAGCUCCUGCUGGAGCUAGGCAUGCCUCGUGAGCUUAAAGCAUUGGCAGGAACUCAUAUAAAAAUUGUUGCUGGAAUCAAGGGUAUGCCUUUCCCGACAGUCACAUGGAAGAAGAAUGAAACUGACAUACCUCCAAGAGCUGAAAUUCAAACUUCUGGAUUAAGAUCCAAGCUUGAGAUGCGCUACUGUAACCGAGAGGAUUGUGGCGACUACACACUCACUGUAGAAAACCCUGCUGGGUCCAAGACCGCAACAUGCACUGUGCUUGUUUUAGACAAACCUGGCCCAAUUCAACACUUAAGGGUAUCUGAUGUUAGAAGUGACUCAGCUCAACUCUCAUGGAAAGACCCCGAAGAUAAUGGUGGUGUGCGCAUCACCAACUUUGUGGUAGAAAAGAAGGAUGCUGCUUCUGCACAGUGGGUGCCGGUCUGUGCAACAUCUAAAAAACGAAGCAUUACAGCCAAGCAUUUGAUGGAAGGCACAUCCUACAUGUUCCGUGUAGCUGCCGAAAAUCAGUUUGGAAGGAGUGAAUAUGUUCAGACAACGAAACCUGUGAAAGCAAUGAAUCCACUGUUCCCACCUGGACCACCAAAGGAUCUACACCAUGUAGAUGUUGACAAGACAGAAGUGUGGCUUGCAUGGAACUGGCCUGAUCGCACUGGUGGAAGUGAAAUCACUGGCUUCUUGGUCGAGUAUCAGGUGGAGGGUGAGAGAGAGUGGAUCACCUUCAAGACUGUGAGCAUCCCUGAAUGCCAUGUGACAGGACUAGAAGAGGGCAAAACCUAUCGAUUCCGUGUGAAGGCAGAGAAUAUAGUUGGUCUUGGACGACCAGAUACCACUGUUCCAGUGCUCUGCCAAGAGAAACUUGUGCCACCAAUUGUUGAGGUUGAUGUAAAACUGAUUGAUGGCAUCAUUGUGAAGGCUGGAAGCACCAUCAGGCUGCCUGCAAUCAUGAGAGGCAUUCCAGUUCCUACUGCAAAAUGGGUCAUUGAUAGCGAAGAAAUUAAAAGUCAAGGAAAUACCAAGAUUGACACAGACAACUUUUCAACUGUUUUGACUAUUGCUGAAUGCACAAGAAAUCACACCGGAAACUAUAUUCUCACAGUAUCUAACCCUGCAGGAAGCAAGACUGUUUCUUUGAAUGUCAUAGUCCUUGAUGUUCCUGCUGCGCCCAUCGGCCCAGUUAAUAUCCUUGAAGUAACUCCAGAUUCAAUGGUCAUUGACUGGCGUCCUCCCAAAGAUGAUGGAGGAAGCCCUGUCAUGAAUUAUAUUGUUGAAAAGAAAGAAUCUAAUAAGGAAACCUGGGGAGUUGUUAGCUCUGGCAGCACUGUGACACGACUUAAGAUUUCUCGCUUACAGAGUGGUGUUGAAUAUGUUGUAAGAAUCCGUGCAGAAAACAAGAUGGGAAUUGGUGCACCUCUUGAAAGUGCACCAACUGUUGCCAAGCACCAGUUUGAGGCACCUGGCCAUCCUGGAAAACCUGUCGCAUCGGAUAUUUCCGAGGAUGCACUUACUCUUGGUUGGACAAUGCCAUUGUAUGAUGGUGGCAGUCCUAUUAAUGGAUACAUUAUUGAGCGUAGACAUAAAGGAGGCAAAUGGAUUCGAGUGAAUAAGGUACCAUGCAAGGACCUCCGAUUCAGAGUUCUUGGACUUUUCGAGGGUAAUGAAUAUGAAUUUAGAGUAUUUGCUGAAAAUAUCGCUGGCUUUAGUGGACCCUCGCCUAUCUCAGAUCCAGCUAAACCCUGUAGGCCAAUCACAGUACCUGGACCUCCAGUCAAUCCAAAAAUAAAGGAUUAUAGUUGCAUUUAUGCUGAUUUAGUCUGGAUUAAGCCUACAAGGGAUGGAGGUAGUCCAGUCCUGGGAUAUGUUGUGGAAUGUCAGAAAGCUGGUGGUGAAUGGGAGAAAGUUAACAAAGAUGAUUUGAUUAAACAAUGUGCAUAUAGGGUUAAGGGACUAACCGAAGGCACAGAAUAUAGGUUCCGUAUUCGAGCUGUCAACAUGAUUGGAGAUGGUGAGACAAGAGAGGUCCCAGAAUCUGUUAUUGCUCAAGAUAUCCUCAUUCCACCAGAGAUUGAAAUGGAUGUCACAUGCCGUACACAUGUAACUGUACGUGUAGGACACAACAUUAAUAUUACUGGAUAUGUGAAGGCAAGACCCGAUCCUGAGAUUACUUGGACCAGGGGUGAGACAGUUUUGGAAAGAGAUAAACGUACUACUCUCACAAACAAUUUCCCUGUAGUGCAUAUGCGUAUCAAGGAGGCAACUCGUGCAGAUCAUGGAAAGUAUGUUCUUAAAGCUGUGAAUGAUAGUGGAGAAGCCUCAGCUACCAUCACUGUAACUGUACUGGACAGACCUGGACCUUGUAGGAAUCUUGCAUUGACAUAUGUGAACAAGAAUUCUUGCAUGGUGAACUGGGAUGCUCCUGAGGAUAAUGGAGGCACUGAGAUUACAAACUACAUUGUUGAAUGUCGUGAGCCAAGCAGCAGAACUUGGUCAAUGAUCUCUGCUGACUGCACCAACCGGAAGGUGAAGGCAAAACUCCAGGAGAAUCAUGAAUAUUUGUUCCGUGUGUGUGCAGAGAACAAAUGUGGACCUGGACUAGCAACAGAAACCAAAACACCUAUACUUGCAAUUGAUCCACUUCAGAAACCUGGUGAACCAGAAAAUUUCCAUGUAGCCAGCGUUGGCAAGAACUUUGUUUUCCUGAGAUGGAGAAGACCAGAUUUUGAUGGUGGCAGUCCAAACAUUGCUUACAUUCUGGAAAAGAAAUUAAAGGAUGCUGAGAAGUGGGACAGUUUACAUGAUGGCAAAAUCAAAGAAACGUUCUUUAUGGCAGACAAAUGUACUGAGAACCAAACAUAUCAAUUUAGAGUUCGAGCAACAAAUGAUGGUGGAGAAAGCAACUGGGUGAAGACAGCUGACAUUCUUGUCAAAGAAGAAAUUCUAAAACCAGUUCUUGACCUAAAAUUUGCUGGUACUAUAGUAGUUAAAGCUGGUGAUUCUGUCCGGCUUGAAGCAGCCCUCAGAGGAAAGCCACAACCUGAGGUAAAAUGGGUCAAGGACAAAGCUACAGAAGAUAACCCAAGAGUCACCAUUGACACUGGAGCCGAUUAUUCAAAAUUCCUUAUGACUAAAUCCAGACGAUCAGACACUGGAAAAUAUGUAAUCACCGCCACAAACCCUGCUGGAAGUUUCACUGCAUAUGCAAUGCUAAGUGUUUUGGACGUACCAGGACCUGUCAGGGAUGUCAGGGUCACGGGUAUGUCCACAGACAAGUGUAGAGUUGUGUGGGAUCCUCCAGCAGAUGAUGGUGGUUGUGAAGUUGAUAGCUAUAUUCUGGAAAAAUGUGAAACUAGAAGAAUGGUUUGGUCUACAUAUUCUGCUAAUGUAGUCACUAGCUACUGUAAUGUGACUCGCCUUGUGGAAGGCAAUGAGUAUAUCUUUAGGAUUAGAGCAGAGAACAAGAUGGGAACAGGUCCUCCAAUGGAGAGCAAGCCUGUUAUUGCUAAAACACAAUACAGCAGACCUGGUCCACCUGAUCCACCAGAAGUCAGCAAAAUUGGCAAAGAUGAGAUGACUGUAAUAUGGGCUCCUCCUGAGAAUGAUGGUGGAAAAUCCAUUACUGGCUACAUCCUAGAAAGAAAGGAGAAGCGGGCUGUAAGAUGGGUUCCAGUAACUAAAAGUCCUAUCUCUGAGAGGCGCAUGAAAGUAACCAACUUGAUUCCCAACCACGAAUAUCAAUAUCGUGUUAAAGCUGAAAAUGAGGUUGGAUUGGGAGAGCCAAGCAAACCCUCAAGACCAGUUGCUGCUAAGGAUCCAAUAGAGCCUCCUGGUCCUCCUGGUGGUCUGAAAGUGGUGGACAGUACAAAGACUUCAGUUACACUUGGCUGGUUCAAGCCGGUGUAUGAUGGAGGUGCGCCAAUCAUUGGAUAUUUCGUAGAAAUGAGAGAAAAGGUUGAAAUGGAAGGUGAACAAGAGAGAGAUCCAGAGGAAGGCUGGUCAAAAUGCAAUACUAGCGGGCAGCUUGUUCUCACUGAAUUCACAAUGAUCAAUUUGGAUGAGAGGAAACAAUAUGAAUUCCGUGUCUUUGCACAAAAUCAAGUUGGAAUUGGUCGCCCAGCAAAACUGAAAGAAGCUGUGACACCAAAAGAGAUUCAUGAAUUGCCAGAGAUUGAUCUGGAUGCCAGUUUGAGAAAGGGGCUCAGUGUAAGAGCAGGUUGUCCCAUAAGAUUAUUUGCCACAAUCAGAGGAAGGCCAUCACCUAAAGUGACCUGGAAACGUGUUGGUAUUGACAAUGUUGUCAGAAGAGGUCAUGUAGACCAGAUUGAUACAAUGACCUUCCUUGUUAUACCUGAGAGCACACGUGAAGACUCUGGAAGAUACUCUCUGACACUCUCAAAUCCUUCAGGAGAGAAAGCUGUAUAUGUUCGUGUCAAGGUCUUAGAUACUCCUGGACCUGUUGGUGAACUGGUUGCAACUGAUGUCACAAAGACAUCUUGCCAACUCUCCUGGUUACCUCCAGAUAAUGAUGGUGGAAGUCCAAUACUUAACUACAUUAUUGAAAAACGUGAAGUCGAUAGGAAGACAUGGACAAACUGCACCAACGACUUAAAGAAAACAAGUUUUAAAAUAACAAAUCUAACACCAGGAACUGAAUAUUACUUCAGGGUCAUAGCAGUCAACAAAUAUGGUAUUGGGGUGCCAAAAGACUCUCCGAAAUCCUAUUUGUCUGUAGAUCCCAUGAGUGAACCAGAUCCACCAAAGAAAAUGGAACUUUUAGAAAUUUCAAAGAACAGCGCAACACUUGGAUGGCUAAAACCACUGAGAGAUGGUGGGUCGAAGAUUAAUGGCUACAUAGUUGAUUACCAGGAGGCUGGGCAACCUGAGGACAAAUGGACCUCGUACUCAGUUGUAAAAGACAUGAGCAUUGUUGUUGUUGGUCUAAAAGAAAACACAAAAUAUAGAUUCAGAGUUGCUGCAAGGAAUGCUAUAGGAUGCAGUCUGCCAAGAGAGGCUGAAGGAAUUUUUGAAGUCAAAGAGCAACUGAUGCCACCAAAGAUUAUCCUGCCUGAUUUGGUCACAGCAAGGGCAGGAACAAAGCUUAAGGUUGAAGCAAUUGUAUAUGGUAAACCUGUUCCAGUCACUACAUGGAAAAGAGGAAGUGAUGACCUGGUUACAUCUGAUCGUCUUUCUGUGCAAAAAACACUGACCUCAUCAACACUAAUGAUUAAGGAUGUUUCAAGGAAGGACAGUGGUUAUUACAGUCUUUCUGCUGAGAACAACAUUUCUAAGGUCAACCAAAUCCUCAGAAUUAUCAUCAUGGAUAUCCCUGGUCCUCCAGAAGGGCCUCUGGAAGUUCUUGAGGUGGACAUUGAUGCCUGCACGCUUGCAUGGAACUCACCAACUGAGGAUGGUGGUAGCAACAUCACUAAUUACAUUGUUGAAAAAUGUGAUGUGAGCAGAGGUGACUGGGUCCCUGCUGUCGCCUCUUGCACCAAGACCAGUUGCCGAGUAAAACUUACCCCUGGCAAGGAAUAUGGUUUCCGAGUUCGUGCAGAAAAUCGAUUUGGAAUUUCGGAGCCAAUCUACUCUGUCAAAAUGAUUGCAAGACAUCCAUUUGAUCCACCCAGCGAACCAAUAAACUGCCGUGUCAAUAAAAUCACCAAGGACUUUGUUGUUUUGUCUUGGGAGAGACCAGUAAAUGAUGGUGGAAGUCCUAUCAUAGGAUACUCAAUUGAACGUAAAGAGAGAAACAGCCUUCUGUGGGUCAAGGCAAAUGAUUCACUUGUUCGUCCACUCGAAUACAUCUGUUUUGGCAUUAUUGAUGGUCUGGAAUACACUUUCAGAGUAUCUGCUGUGAAUAAAGCAGGCCAAAGCAAGCCAAGCAAACCUACUGAGAUCAUUACAGCAAGAAACCCAGUUGAUCCACCUGGUAAACCAGAGGUUCUUGACAUAACAAAACAUACAGUUUCCCUUGUUUGGAACCGUCCAAAACAUGAUGGUGGUAGUAAACUUGUUGGGUAUUAUGUUGAGUCUUUGAAGCUUCCAGGUGAUAAGUGGGUGCGUGUAAAUGCAAGUAGCAAAAAUGUGCCAAAUGAGGAGUACAUUGUCACUGGACUUGAUGAGGGAUCUCAGUACAAGUUCAGAGUUAUUGCAAAGACAAUUAUUAACAUCAGUGAUCCUUCAGAAGAGUCUGAUCCAAUCACAGUCAUUGCUGAGAAUGUUCCACCCAGGGUUGAUAUUAGUGUUGAAAUGAAGAACCUAAUCAUUGCCAAAGCUGGAGAAAAUGUUUGCCUAUAUGCUGAGGUCCAUGGAAAACCAUUACCAAAGGUUACAUGGAAGAGAGGUGGUGUGCCAUUGACACCUGUUGAAGGCAUAAAAAUGUCUCAAAAGAAACACCUCUUCUUCUUAGAGCUGUUUUUAGUUACAAGAAAGGAAACUGGAGAGUAUACUAUUGUUGCUGAGAACCCUAGUGGCACCAAGUCUGGCAACAUUAAGCUGAAAGUUCUGGAUAAACCUGGACCACCAGCAUCAGUGAAGAUUAGCCAGGUCUUUGCUGACAGAGUCAAACUGCGGUGGGAACCACCUCUUUCAGAUGGUGGUGCUGAAAUUACCAACUACAUUGUUGAUAAACGUGAAACAAGUCGUGCUAACUGGGCUCAAGUUACUUCGAACAUCAAUGGCCAGAUUACAAACUGCUCAGUGGAGAGAUUGAUCGAGGGCCAUGAAUAUGAAUUCCGCAUCAGUGCUGAAAACAAGUAUGGUGUUGGUGAUCCAAUUGUCACUAACUCUGUGAUUGCUAAGAAUCCAUAUGAUGUUCCUGGACCUUGUGACCCACCUAUUAUUACUAAUGUUACCAAAGACCACAUGACUGUGAGCUGGAAGGCCCCUGCUGAUGAUGGCAAAUCCCCAAUCACUGGAUACAUGGUUGAAAAACGUGAAACUCACGAACUGAGUUGGUCUAAAAUAAACAGAAAACCUGUCCUUGAUAGAACAAUUAAAGCUGGAGGUCUCACUGAGGGUUCUGAGUAUGAAUUCAGAGUUAUAGCUCUCAAUAAGGCUGGCCUCGGCAAACCAAGUGAUCCAUCUAAAGCUGCCUUUGCAUUGGACCCACUAUAUCCUCCAGGGCCACCUGGUUUCCCCAAGGUUGUUGACUCGACACACAGCUCAGUCAGUCUAUCUUGGACCAAGCCUGCAUAUGAUGGUGGCUGUAAAAUUUUGGGAUACCUUGUUGAGGUCAAGAGGGCAGAUUCACAAGAGUGGUUAAAGUGCAAUAUACCAAAAAAUCUUCAGGUCACAAAGUUCCUUGUCACCGGGCUCCUUGAUAGCACAGAGUAUGAAUUCCGAGUGCUUGCUGUCAAUAAGAUUGGAUUUAGUGAACCAAGUGAAGUUCCUGGGAAGCAUUUGGCACAAGACAUUUUAAUUGCUCCUGAGGCAGAACUUGAUGCAGAUCUCAGGAAAGUACUUGUAUUGCGUGCUGGAGUCACCCUGAGAAUCUAUGUACCAGUUAGAGGCCGGCCUGCACCAAAGGUGACAUGGAGCAAGGUCAAUGCCAACUUGAAGGAGAGGCAAGGUCUCGUGAUCAACACGACUGAAUGGGAUACAUAUGUAUACUGUGAAAAUAUCAACAGAUAUGAUGCUGGCAAAUAUGUGCUAACCCUUGAAAACAGCAGUGGAUCCAAGUCCUACACUAUAGUUGUGAAAGUCUUAGAUACACCUGGACCACCACUCAACCUGAUUGUAAAAGAAACAUCAAAAAAUCAUGCAUCCAUCACUUGGGAUCCUCCACAAAUUGAUGGAGGAAGUCCAAUAAAGAGCUAUGUUGUGGAAAAACGUCUGGCAGAAAGAAAAGCAUGGACCUGUGUUGCUUCUGAGUGCCCCAAAACAUCUUUCAGAGUUACUAACCUAGAGGCUGGAAAUUCCUACUGUUUCAGAGUCUCAGCUGAAAAUGUGUAUGGUAUUGGUGAAGGCUGUGAGACUGCUGGACCAGUGAAAGCCUCAGAGCAACCUGGACCAGUUACAGACUUCAAACCUGCACUGGUCACCAAGGAUUCUUGCACUCUUACUUGGAAGAAGCCCAUCAGUGAUGGUGGAAGCCAUAUUGUUGCAUAUGAAUUAGAAAUCAGUGAAGGUGAAGACAAAUGGAAGCAGCUUAUGAAGUCCAAACACCUGCAAUACACAGCAACGGACCUGAAAGAAGGAAAAGAAUACUCUUUCAGAGUUAAGGCUUUCAAUGAAACUGCUGAAGGACCCAUUACUGAACUGGCUAUGGUGGCAAAGGAUCAAAUUGUUCUUCCAGACUGUGACCUAAAGGGGUUGCCAGACUCUUGUUAUGUGGCAAAGGAGGGAAGCACAGUUCGCCUUACAAUCCCGAUAUCUGGAAUUCCUGCUCCAGCGGUUAUGUGGAAGAAGGGUGUUGUUGCUUUGGGAGACAGUGGAAGAGUCUCUAGCGAAUCCACGCUGACAAACACAACCUUGCUGAUACGUGACUGUCACAGAGGUGAUGCGGAUAAGUACGGUCUUAUUUUGAAAAACAGUGCUGGAACCAAGGAAUGCACAAUAGACAUCAAGGUUGUUGGAAAGCCUGGCAUUUGCACAGCACCAAUCAAUUUUGAUGAAAUUACUGCUGAUGGAAUUACACUAGAAUGGGGUCCACCGAAGGAUGAUGGUGGAUCAGAAAUUUCCAACUACAUUUUAGAGAAGAGGCAUUCCACAAGUAACAAGUGGGCUACUGUCGCUUCAGCCAUUCAGAAGAACAUCAUGAGAGUCACCAGACUUCAUGAUGGAACAGAGUACAUAUUCAGAGUAUGUGCUGAAAACAAAUAUGGUGUUGGAGAAUUCCUGAAAUCUGAUCCAGUGGUGGCUAAACAUCCUUUCAAUGCCCCAGAGGCUCCAGAUCCACCACAGGUUUUGGCUAUACGCCACGAAUCUGCUAUUUUGUCAUGGACAGAUCCAAGGGAUACUGGAGGCUCUCCUAUUACAGGAUACCAUGUGGAAUUCAAAGACAGAAACAGUUUAUUAUGGAAAAGAGCCAGCAAGACACCUCUGAGAGUGAAGGAGUCUAGAGUGACUGGUUUAGUUGAGGGUCUCGAGUAUGAAUUUAGAGUUAUGGCUAUAAACGUGGCUGGAUUAGGAAAACCAAGCAAACCAACUGAAUCAUUGGUUGCCCUUGAUCCAAUUGAUCCUCCUGGCAAACCUGAUGUAAUCAGCAUAACGAGAAACAGUGUAACACUUGUUUGGACUGCACCGAAAUAUGAUGGAGGACACAAACUGACUGGCUAUAUCAUUGAAAAACUAGAGCAUCCAGGAAAGGUCUGGAAGAAGGCCAAUCAUAUCAAUAUCCAGAGCUGUGCAUUUACAGUGACAGAUUUGCAAGAAGGCUCCAUGUACGAUUUUAGAAUUAGGGCAAAGAAUGCAGCUGGUGCCAUCAGUGAACCCUCAGAACAAACUGACACCCUUGUCUGCAAAGAUGAAUAUGAGCCACCAACUAUUACAAUUGAUCCUGAAAUGAAGGAUGGUGUCACUGUCAAGGCUGGGGAUACAAUUGUGGUUUCUGCAUCAAGUAUCCUUGGCAAACCUCCACCUACAGCUGUAUGGUCUAAGGAAGGAAGAGAAAUCAAGCCAUCAGAUGUUGUCCAGAUCACAAGCACACCCACAUCUUCAACAUUAUCAAUUAAAUAUGCCAGUAGAAAUAACACAGGGGAGUAUACAAUCACUGCCAGCAACCCAUAUGGUAUUAAGGAUGAAAAAGUCAAAGUAAAAGUCCUAGAUGUGCCUGGUCCACCUGGUCCUAUUGAGGCUAACAGUGUCUCUGCUGAAAAAUGCACACUUACAUGGUUACCACCAGAAGAGGAUGGAGGCUCUGCAAUCAAAUCAUACACCCUAGAAAAGAGAGAAACUAGCCGCCUUCUUUGGACUAAGCUUGCUGAAAAUAUAAUAGAUUGCCGUUACGUGGCCUGCAAGUUGAUUAAAGGCAAUGAAUAUCUCUUCCGUGUUUUUGCGGUCAAUCAGUAUGGUACAGGUGAUGCCACACAGUCCGGUCCAGUCAAGAUGGUUGACAGCUUUGGACCCCCUGGGCCUCCAUCAAAACCAGACAUCGAUAAUGUCAGCAGAACUGCUGUGACUAUUUCCUGGAAGAGACCGGUGGUGGAUGGAGGAAGUGACAUUAGAGGGUACAGUGUUGAGAGAAAGGAGAGGAGAGGUAUGAGAUGGGUGAGAGCUUCAAAGAAGUCCAUCUCCGAUCUACGUUUCAAAAUAUCAGGUCUUGCAGAAGGAGUUGAGUAUGAGUUCCGUGUAACUGCUGAGAACAAAGCUGGUUUUGGAGAACCCAGUGAACCAUCCCAACCUGUACUGACAAAGGACAUUGCAUAUCCACCUGGACCUCCAUCCAACCCAAGAAUAUCUGAUACCACCAAAACAACAGCAACAUUUAACUGGGGAAGACCCUUUUAUGAUGGUGGCCUUGAAGUGACAGGAUAUAUUGUUGAACACAAGCAGGAAGGAAAAGAUGAUUGGAUUCAGGAUACCACCUCUCCAUUAAGAAUCACUGAAUUUGUUGUUCCAAACCUACAAGCAGGAGGCAAAUAUCAUUUCAGAGUCAGUGCAAUCAAUUCAGAAGGAUGUGGGGAACCUGCUGAAGUUGAGAAAACUGUAGAACUUGUUGACCGUGAAGAGAUUCCUGACUUUGAACUUGAUGCAGAACUGAGAAAAACACUUGUUGUCCGAUCAGGUGGCUCCAUCCGUAUAUUUGUAUCAAUUAAGGGCCGUCCAACUCCUGAAGUUACAUGGAUAAAAGAUAAUGUUGCUCUCAAAGAUAGAGCUCAUAUUGACACUACUGAGUCAUACACCCUAGUGGUCAUUCCAGAGUGCACAAGAUAUGAUGCUGGAAAAUACAUUUUGACUUUAGAAAAUGUAGCUGGAAAGAAGACUGGAUUUGUCAAUGUCCGUGUUGUGGAUACACCUGGGCCUCCACUCAAUUUGAAACCAAGAGAAAUCACCAAAAAUAGUAUCACACUUCAGUGGGAAAUUCCAAUUAUUGAUGGUGGAUCAAAGAUCGUUAAUUACAUAAUUGAGAAACGUGAUUCAACUAGAAAGGCCUUCACAACAGUCACUACAAAUUGCCAGAAAUGUUCAUACAAGGUUAAAGAUUUGGACGAGGGAGCUGAAUAUUACUUCAGAGUUUCAGCUGAAAAUGAACAAGGUAUUGGUGAGGCAGCAGAGACACCUGAACCUAUCAGAGCUUCUCAGGCCCCAUCUUCACCUGACAAUUUAGUAGUUACAGAUGUGACAAAGGAUACAGCAACUCUUGCAUGGACAAAACCAAUGUAUGAUGGUGGUAGCAGAAUCACUGGCUAUGUGAUUGAGGCUCAGAGGAAAGAUUCUGAUCAGUGGCUACAUGUUACAACAAUAAAAGCUCUGGAUUAUAUAGUAACAGACUUAACAGAAAAUGCAGAAUAUGUAUUCCGUAUCUUUGCUGUAAACAGCUCAGGUAGAAGCGAACCUCGUGAAAGCAGGCCAGCUGAGCUCAAAGAGCAGACUACAGCACCAGGAUUUGACCUUAGAUCUGUUUAUCAGAAGGUGGUAGUGGCCAAAGCAGGUGAUAAUGUGAAGGUGGAGAUCCCUGUUUUUGGUCGUCCAAGACCAUCUGUUGUCUGGAAGAAAGAAGAUCAGGAACUUAAACAGACACAGCGAAUCAAUAUCGACAACACAGCAAUCUCAACAAUUCUAAACAUACAAGAGAUCAAGAGAAAAGAUGGAGGACAGUAUUCAAUGACAGGAAAGAAUAUACUUGGAACAGUCACAGAAACCAUAACUGUGCAAGUGCAUGAUAUCCCAGGACCUCCAACUGGACCGAUUAAAGUGGAUGAAGUAUCCUGUGACUAUGCAAUUAUAUCAUGGGAUGCACCAGAGAAUGAUGGGGGAGUUCCUAUCAGCAAUUACAUUGUAGAAAUGAGAGAGACAACUGGCACAUCCUGGGUUGAAUUAGCAGCUACUGUCAUCCGCACCACUUUCAAAGCUGCCCGUCUUACAACUGGAAUUGAAUAUCAGUUCCGUGUAAAAGCUCAGAACAGAUAUGGUGUUGGUCCAUACAUAACCUCUGAAGCUGUUGUUGCUGCUUAUCCCUUUGAAGUACCAGGCCAGCCAGGUAUUCCACAAGUUGUUGCCUUUACAAAAGAUUCUAUUACAAUAAGCUGGAAUGAACCUUCCACAGAUGGGGGAAGCCCAAUUCUGGGAUAUCAUAUUGAAAGGAAAGAGAAAAACAGCAUCCUGUGGCAGCGUAUCAACAAAGCCCUUGUAGUUGGGAACAUUUUUAAGUCAUCUGGUCUAAUAGAUGCUAUAGCAUAUGAAUUCCGUGUUAUUGCUGAAAACAUGGCUGGUCUUAGCAAGCCAAGCAAAGCUUCUGAGAUGACAUUUGCACUUGAUCCAGUGGACCCUCCCAGUCAACCAGUGGCAGUUAAUAUCACUAGACAUGAGGUUUCGCUUCAAUGGAUGAAGCCAGAGAAUGAUGGUGGUUUCCCAAUCACUGGAUACACUGUGGAAAAGAGAGAACUGCCAAAUGGCCGCUGGCUCAGAGCAAACUUUAGCAAUGUCCUUCAAACAAGCUUCACAGUAAGCGGAUUGACAGAAAAUUCUUCAUAUGAAUUCCGUGUAUUUGCAAGAAAUUCAGCAGGAUCUGUCAGCAAGCCCUCAAAACCUUCAGACAUAUUAAUCUGCAGAGAUGAUAUUGAAGAGCCAAAGCUUGAUGUUGAUUCAAUCUUCAGCAGUAUUGUGGUAGUUAAGGCUGGUGAUGUUUUCAAACUAGAUGCAAAUGCUAUUGGCAGACCAAUCCCAUCUUUAGUGUGGACAAAAGAUGAAAAAGAACUUGAAGACACGGCAAAACUAGAGAUUAAAACAACAGAUUUCUAUACAUGUCUAACUAACAAAGAUUCAUCAAGAAGAGAUGGUGGUGCAUUCACUCUAACUGCAAGCAACCCUGGAGGAUUUGCCAAGUUUGUUUUCAAUGUUAAGGUCCUUGAUAGGCCUGGGCCUCCUGAAGGACCCCUUCAUGUUACAAACAUGACAACCGAAAAAUGUAUUCUGUCUUGGCUACCACCACUUGAAGAUGGUGGGGCAAAGAUUGAUUAUUAUAUAAUUCAGAAACGUGAAACAAGCAGACUUGCAUGGACAAAUGUAGACACAGAUUUACAAGUCAACCGUUACAAAGUCACCAAAUUGCUUAAAGGAAAUGAAUAUGUCUUCAGAGUGAUGGCUGUGAAUAAAUAUGGAGUUGGUGAGCCCCUUGAGUCUGAACCUGCAGUUGCCACCAACCCAUAUGUACCCUCUGAUCCACCACAAGCUCCUGAAGUAACAACAAUUACAAAGGACUCUAUGGUGGUUUGUUGGGGACAUCCUGAAAACAAUGGAGGAAGUGCCAUAAAUACUUACAUCAUUGAAAGGAGAGAUAAAACUGGCCUCCGAUGGGUCAAAUGCAAUAAGAGGUCAGUAACUGAUCUGCGUUUUAAAGUGUCUGGACUUACAACAGGGCAUGAAUAUGAAUACAGGAUCCUUGCUGAAAAUGCUGCUGGGUUAAGUGCUCCAAGCCCUUCAAGUCCAUUUUAUAAAGCAUGUGACACAAUCUUCCAGCCUGGACCUCCAGGGAAUCCAAGAAUUUUGGAUACAACAAAGUCGUCCAUUACUAUUGCUUGGAACAAACCAGUUUAUGAUGGUGGUUCAGACAUUACAGGAUACAUUGUAGAAACCUGCCUACCAGAAGAAGAUGAAUGGACAAUUGUCACUCCAAAGAAAGGUCUUAUAGGAACAUCAUUUACCAUAAUUAAUUUGAUAGAAAACCAAGAAUAUAAGAUCAACAUUUCUGCCAUGAACUCUGAGGGAGUUGGAGAACCUUCAUCGGUGCCUGGUACACCAAAAGCAGAGGACAGAUAUAUUCCACCUGAAAUUGAUCUUGAUUCAGAUCUCCGAAAAGUUGUGAACAUUCGAGCUUGUGGCACACUUAGGCUGUUUGUUCCAAUAAAAGGAAGACCAGCACCAGAAGCUAAAUGGUCAAGGGAGCAUGGUGAGCCGCUUGAUAAAGCAGUAAUUGAGACCACAACAUCAUUCACAUCACUUGUUAUUGAGAAUGUUAACAGAUUUGACAGUGGAAAGUAUUUACUGACAGUGGAAAACAGUUCUGGAAGUAAAACAGCAUUUGUGAAUGUCAGGGUGCUUGACACUCCAGGGGCACCACAAAAUCUCACAAUUAGGGAAAUCACAAAAGAUUCUGUCUCACUGAUGUGGGAUCCUCCAAUUAUUGAUGGUGGCGGAAGAGUCAGGCAUUACCUUGUAGAAAAACGUGAAUCCACAAGAAAGGCAUAUUCAAUGGUAAAUGCUUCUUGCCCCAAAACAAGCUGGAGAAUUGGAGAUCUGCAGGAGGGAAGUUUGUAUUCCUUCAGAAUCUUGGCUGAAAAUGAAUAUGGCAUUGGUCUCCCAGUAGAAACAGCUGAACCAGUUAAGGUUUCUGAAAAGCCUUUACCUCCUGGCAAGGUGACUCUUAAAGCUGUAACUGGCAGCAGUAUAACUCUGUCCUGGGAAAAGCCCGAUCAUGAUGGAGGAAGCAGGAUCACAGGAUAUGUUGUGGAAAUGCAAGGAAAAGACAGUGACAGUUGGACUCAGGUCAUGACUGUUAAAGUAACAGAGGCUGUAAUUGCUGGUCUGACUCAAGGUGAAGAAUAUUCAUUCCGUGUUUCGGCAACAAAUGAAAAAGGGACAAGUGAUCCUCGUUCACUCAAUGUACCUGUUGUGGCAAAGGAUCUUGUAAUAAAACCGGCAUUCAAGCUUUUAUUUAAUACAUUUAGUGUGCUGGCAGGUGAUGACCUCAAGAUAGAUGUACCUUAUGUUGCUCAACCCAAAGCAGCCGUUACAUGGCUUAAGGAUGGCACUGCUCUCAAAGAGACUACACGACUAAAUUCUGAGAUUAGUGACAGUCAUCUAUACCUUCUAGUCAAGGAGGCCGUACGUGAUGAUGUUGGUAUAUAUACUAUCAAGAUCACAAACUCAGCUGGAGAAGCUACAGCUGACAUCACUGUUGUUGUACUUGAUAAACCUGGUCCUCCUACUGGCCCUAUUAAAAUAGAUGAGGUAACUGCAGACAGUAUGUCAUUGUCAUGGCAACCACCAGAGUAUGAAGGUGGUUGCACAAUUAAUAAUUAUAUUGUGGAAAAGAGAGACACAUCCACUACAAACUGGCAGAUUGUCUCAGCUACAGUUGCUAGAACAACCACCAAAGCUGCUAGACUGAAAACUGGAUGUGAGUAUCAAUUCAGGAUUGCAGCAGAAAACAGAUAUGGAAAGAGCUCAUUUCUGCUGUCUGAGCAUGUAAUUGCACAGUAUCCAUUUGAAGUGCCAAGUUCACCUGAUACUCCCACUGUUCAAUCUGCUACCAAAGAAACAAUGGUCAUUGUUUGGAACAAGCCUAACAAUGAUGGUGGAAGCAAGAUCAUUGGCUAUCAUCUUGAGAGUAAGGAAAGAAAUAGUCUUCUAUGGGUGAAACAAAAUAAAACCAUCAUUCCAGACACAAGAUUUAAGAUUAGUGGUCUUGAAGAAGGCAUUGAAUAUGAGUUCAGAGUUUAUGCUGAGAACAUUGUUGGAUUGAGCAAAGCCAGCAAAGUGUCAGAAAUACAGGUAGCAAGAGACCCAUGUGACCCCCCAGGCAAACCAGAAGCAGUUAUUGUGACUAGAAGCUCUGUAACAUUGCGAUGGACAGCACCUGAGUUUGAUGGUGGCAGUCGAGUAACUGGCUAUGUAGUUGAGAAGAAAGAACUGCCUACUGGUCGCUGGAUGAAGGCUAGUUUUGCUAAUGUCAUAGAAACGGAAUUUGUUGUCAGUGGAUUGGUAGAAGAACAACGAUAUGAAUUCCGAGUCAUUGCAAGAAAUGCAGCUGGUGUAUAUAGCGUACCAUCUGAGAGUACUGGUGCAAUAACUGCAAAGGAUGAAGUGGAGCCACCUAUGAUCGACUUGGAUCCUAAAUAUUCUCAAACUAUUGUUGUCAAUGCUGGAGAAUCAUUUAAAAUAGAUGCCGGAAUAUCUGGCAAGCCAAUCCCAUCAGUCCAUUGGAUAAAAUCCAAUGAGGAACUCUCUAAUACAGCUAGACUUGAAAUAAAAAAUACCGACUUCACAGCCUCUUUGAGUGUAAAAGAAGCUAUUCGUGUUGAUGGAGGCCAGUACACACUGCUGUUGAAAAAUGUUGGUGGUGAAAAAUCUACAAACAUCAACAUCAAGGUUCUUGACAGGCCUGGCCCACCUGAUGGGCCUAUUUCUGUAUAUGGGGUUACAAGUGAGAAAUGCUGCAUAGCAUGGAAAACACCUUUACAUGAUGGAGGUGCUGACAUAUCUCAUUAUAUUGUUGAAAGAAGAGAGACUAGCCGAUUAGUCUGGACUCUUGUGGAAUCUAAGGUGCAUACCCUUAAUCUAAAGAUUACCAAGCUCCUUCCUGGAAAUGAGUACGUUUUCAGAGUGAUCCCUGUCAACAAAUAUGGACUUGGUGAGCCUCUGGAAUCUGGUCCAGUCAUUGCCACAAAUCCAUUUGUCCCACCUGAUCCACCAACUGGGGUGGAUAUAUCCAAUAUAACAAAGGACUCCAUGGUUGUUACUUGGGAAAGACCCAAUAAUGAUGGAGGCAAUGCAAUUACCGGAUAUAUAGUUGAAAAAAGGGACAAAGAAGGUGUCAGAUGGACAAGAUGCAAUAAGCGUGUAGUUAGCGAACUCCGCUUUAGAGUGACUGGUCUUCUUGAAAACCGCAGUUACGAGUUCCGAGUCUCUGCUGAGAAUGCAGCUGGAGUUGGUAAACCAAGUGCCCCUACUGUGUAUUUCAAGGCUUUAGAUCCAGUCUUCAGGCCAGGUCCACCAAACAAUCCUAGGGUUGUUGAUAUCUCAAGGUCAUCAGUGGUACUGAAUUGGAGCAAACCUAUUUAUGAUGGAGGAUGUGAGAUUCAAGGUUAUAUUGUUGGCUGCGAAGGCACAUCUGCUGAAUGGACAAUGUGCACGCCUCCUACAGGAAUCAGAGAAACAAGAUUUGAAGUAAAGAAACUGCUGGAAAAACAUGAAUACAAAUUCAGAGUUUGUGCAAUAAAUAAGGCUGGAGUUGGAGAGCAUGCAGAUAUCAAAGAAACCAUUCUUACAGAUGACAAACUGGAGGCACCAGAUAUCGACCUUGAUGCUGAACUAAGAAAGAUGAUCACGGUUAGAGCUGGAGCAGCACUUAGACUGUUUGUUCCAAUUAAAGGCCGACCAGCUCCUGAGGUCAAAUGGGGAAAGGUUGAUGGUGAAAUUAAUGAGACAGCACAGAUUGACAUCACAAGCAGCUAUACUUCCCUUGUAAUUGAAAACAUUAACAGAUUUGACAGUGGAAAAUACACGUUGUCUUUGGAAAAUGCAAGUGGCACAAAAUCUGCAUUUAUUAGUGUCAGAGUACUUGACACCCCUGAUGCACCUGCAAACUUCCAUGUGAAGGAAAUAACAAAGAAUUCUGUUACCCUCACAUGGGAGCCACCUUUGCUGGAUGGUGGAGCCAAAAUAAAAAAUUAUAUUGUUGAAAAGCGAGAAAGUACAAGAAAGGUAUACUCUACAGUUGCUUCCUGCAACAAGAUGACAUAUAAGAUUGAACAGCUUCAAGAAGGUGGCAUCUACUUCUUUAGAGUUCUUGCUGAAAACGAAUAUGGAAUUGGAUUACCUGCUAAAACUCAAGAACCACUAAAGAUCUCUGAGGUGCCACAACCUCCUGGUAAAAUCUCUUUAGUGGAUGUUACACGCAAGAGCAUCUCCUUAUCCUGGGAAAAACCUGAACAUGAUGGCGGUAGUAGAAUCACUUACUAUGAAGUUGAGAUGCAAGCAAAAGACAGUGAAAAGUGGUCUCUGUGUGCACAAGUUAAAUCACUUGACACAGUUAUUACCAAUUUAGCCCAAGGUGCAGAAUACAAUUUUAGGGUCAUGGCUGUUAAUGACAAAGGUAAGAGUGAUCCCAGAAAUCUAGCACACUCUGUUGUUGCAAAGGACCUUGUAAUUGACCCAUCUGUUAGAACAAAACUUAGCACAUACAGUGUACAAGUUGGCUAUGACCUAAAAAUUGAAGCGCGCAUUGCUGGUCAUCCAAAGCCAACGAUUACAUGGACCAAAGAUGGUGCAGAGCUGAAACAGACCACAAGAGUUAAUGUUGCUGACACUGCCCACCAUACAACAUUAUCAAUUAAAGAUGCAACAAGGGAUGAUGGUGGCAUGUACACCAUUACAGUUGCUAAUGUGCUAGGGCAAAAGGAGGCCACUGUAGAAAUAAUUAUACUUGACAAACCUGGUCCACCAACAGGCCCAGUGAGGAUAGAUGAAAUAAGUGCAGAAAGUAUUACACUAUCAUGGGAUCCCCCAACCUACACAGGAGGAUGCCAAAUUUCUAAUUACAUUGUGCAAAAAAGAGAUACUACCACAACUACCUGGACAGUUGUUUCAGCUACAGUAGCAAGAACUACACUUAAAGUUGCAAAUUUAAAAACUGGUGUUGAGUACCAAUUCAGAAUCUUUGCAGAAAAUAGAUACGGAAAGAGCUAUGCUAUUGACUCAGAGCUAGUUGUUGCUCAGUAUCCAUUCAAGGAACCAGGACCCCCUGGAACACCAUAUGUAUCUGCAUUUACAAAGGAAUCCAUGGUAGUUGAAUGGCACAAACCAGUUUCAGAUGGUGGCAGUGCUAUUCUCGGAUAUCAUCUUGAAAGAAAGGAAAAGAACAGUAUUCUCUGGACAAAAAUAAACAAGAUGCUCAUUCAAGACACUAGAUUUAAAACAUCUCCUUUAGAGGAAGGCAUUGAAUAUGAGUUCAGAGUUUCUGCUGAAAAUGUUGUUGGAAUUGGUAAAUGCAGCAAAGUUUCUGAAGGUUACGUGGCCCUAGAUCCAUGUGAUCCUCCUGGAAAACCUGUGCCAGUAAUUGUGACAAGACACUCUGUGAUGCUGAGAUGGACACCACCAGAAUAUGAUGGAGGCAGUAUGGUCAUUGGAUAUGUUGUGGAGAAACGGGACCUCCCAGACGGUCGCUGGAUGAAAGCAAGCUUUGCAAACAUCCUGGAAACAGAAUUUGUAGUCACAGGACUGACAGAAGACUCAAAAUAUGACUUCAGGGUCAUUGCUAAAAAUGGUGCUGGAUCAGUCAGCAAGCCUUCAGAAUGCACAGGAUCAAUCACCGCUAAAGAUGAGGUUGAGCCACCAAACUAUGAGAUUGACUCAAAGUACAGCCAAGUAAUGACUGUGAAUGCUGGAGAUACAUUUGUUUUGCAAGCAACUGUUUUGGGGAAACCAGUUCCAACAAUGCAAUGGUUCAAAGGUGAUGUGGAAGUAGAGAAUUCAGCAAGAGCCGAAACCAAGAACACGGAUUUCCAUGCAGUCCUUGUUAUAAAAGAUGCUAUUAGAAUUGAUGGAGGACAGUACACUUUGCAGCUCACAAAUGUUGGGGGAACUAAAUCUGUGCCCUUUAAUGUCAGAGUGCUUGACAGACCUGGACCGCCAGCCGGACCGAUGAAGAUUUCAAAUGUAACAAGUGAGAAAUGCUCCCUGUCAUGGCUUCCUCCUGAGCAUGAUGGUGGUAGCGGAAUUUCUCAUUACGUUAUAGAAAAACGGGAAACCAGCCGUCUUACUUGGACUGUAGUGGUUAGUGACUGUGUAGCAACUAUGUUCAAGGCCACUAAACUGCUGAAAGGAAAUGAAUACAUCUUCCGUGUCAUGGCUGUGAACAAAUAUGGUGUUGGUGAACCUUUAGAGUCUGUACCAGUAAUAAUGAAAAAUCCAUUUGGUCCUCCUGGACCACCUAUAGAACUGGAAAUAACAAAUAUUUCAAGAGAUUCUAUGACUGUGUGCUGGACUCGCCCAGUGACGGAUGGUGGAAGUGAGAUCGUUGGGUACAUUGUUGAAAAGAGAGAUAAAGCUGGAGUCAGAUGGACAAAAUGCAACAAGCGUAGAAUUACAGACCUUCGCUUCAGAGUUACAGGCCUCACAGAGGACCAUGAAUAUGAAUUCAGGUUGUCUGCAGAAAAUGCUGCAGGAGUUGGUCAACCAAGUCCAGCAACAAUCUAUUACAAAGCAUGUGACCCAACAUUUAAACCUGCAGCACCAACUAAUGCCCAUCUUACUGACACCACAAAGGACUCUGUGACUAUUGAAUGGAGUAGACCAAUCUAUGAUGGUGGCUUAGAUAUCCAGGGCUAUAUUGUAGAGAUCUCCAAAGCUGAUGAAGAGGAAUGGAUAACAUGUACUCCACCUACUGGGCUGAAUAAUACUAAAUUCACUAUUACGAAACUCAUAGAACAUCAAGAAUACAAGGUUCGAAUAUGUGCUAUCAAUAGAGGUGUUGGUGAGCCCAUCACCAUUUCUGAUACAGUGAAGCCUGUUGAUAAAAUGGAGCCUCCUGAAAUUGAACUUAAUUCUGAGUUAAGAAAGGGCAUUGUUGUCCGUGCUGGAGGAAGCAUGAGAAUUAAUAUUCCCUUUAAAGGCCGUCCCACUCCAGAGAUAAACUGGUCUAAGCAUGAUGGUGAACUACCAAGUAAAGCUCAAAUUGAAAAGGGUUUGGAUUAUACCCAGCUUUCAAUUGAUAUAUGUGACAGGAAUGAUGCAGGAAAAUAUACUCUUAAUCUACAAAACACCAGUGGUAGCAAAUCAGCAUUUGUUUCAGUGAAAGUUCUGGAUACACCAGGUGCUCCACUAAAUCUAACUGUUAAAGAUAUCACAAGAAAUUAUGUAACUCUUGUUUGGGAGCCUCCACUUAUUGAUGGUGGAGCAAAGAUAAAGAAUUACAUUGUUGACAAACGUGACUCAACUAGACCUGCCUUCUCUAAUAUAACUACAAAAUGCACCAAGACCAGCUUACGUGUUGGUGACCUCAGUGAAGGUGGCAUUUAUUAUUUCAGAGUCAUGGCUGAGAAUGAGUUUGGAGUUGGUCUGCCUGUAGAAACUGAAGAAUCUGUGAAGACAGCAGAUCCUCCUUUACCUGUGGGUAAGGUCAUAUUGACUGAUGUGACGAAAUCUUUUGCAUCAUUGUCAUGGGAGAAACCAGACCAUGAUGGUGGUAGUAGGAUACUUGGAUAUUAUAUUGAAAUGCAGCCAAAAGGAUCAGAAGACUGGGUCGUAGCAACUAUUACCAAAACAUGUGAAGGAACAGUCACAGGACUUAGUGCUGGCAGGGAAUAUCUCUUUAGAGUGUUAGCCUACAAUGAUAAAGGAAAGAGUGAUCCAAGGUCACUAGCAGCUCCAGUCAUAGCUGGUGAUAUAACAAUUGGACCAGCUCUUCAACUCACUUUCAACACAUAUAGUGUGCAAUAUGGUGGAGAGCUGAAAGUAGAAAUUCCAGUAAAAGGUCGCCCAACACCAAAGGUCACAUGGACUAAAGAUGGCCACUCAUUAAAAGAGACAACUAGACUAAAUGUCUCAAGCACUGCAACAUCAACAGUUCUUACCAUCAAAGAUGCCAACAGAGAGGAUUCUGGCAAGUAUACAGUAACAGCUAUAAACAAUGUCGGAUCAGUCUCUGAGGAAAUUGGCGUAAUUAUCUUAGACAAGCCUGGUCCACCUGUUGGCCCAGUUAAAAUUGAAGAAGUAAGUGCUGACUAUGUAGUAAUUUCAUGGGAACCCCCUGUGUACACCGGUGGCUGUCAGAUAAACAAUUACAUUGUGGAGAAACGAGACACAACUACCACAGCCUGGCAGAUUGUUUCAGCAACCAUUGCACGUACAACACUCAAAAUCUCUAAACUGAAAACGGGCUCGGAAUAUCAGUUUAGAGUGUUUGCUGAAAACAGAUAUGGAAAGAGUUUGUCUAUAGAUUCAGCACCUGUUGUUGUUAGCUAUCCUUUCACUGAACCUUCAGCACCUGGUACACCAUUUGUGUCCUCAGUAACAAAAGAUCACAUGACAGUUGAAUGGAAGCCACCUAGUAAUAAUGGAGGUAGUCCUAUUCUUGGGUAUCACAUUGAGCGCAAAGAGAAGAACAGCAUUCUCUGGACAAAGUUGAACAAGCUUCUCGUUACUGAUACUCGACUCAGAACAAAUGGUCUUGAGGAGGGCAUUGAGUAUGAAUACAGAGUAUUUGCUGAAAAUAUGGCAGGAAUAAGUCCAUCUAGCAAAAUAUCAGAAAGUGUGGUGGCACGUGACCCAUGUGAUCCUCCUGGAACUCCAGAGGCUAUUGUCAUCACUAGAAGCCUUGUUACACUUCAAUGGGCAAGGCCUCAAUAUGAUGGAGGCAGUGCAAUCACUGGUUAUAUUGUUGAAAGGAAAAAGCUACCUGAUGGUCGUUGGAUGAAGGCUAGCUUUACAAAUAUAAUUGACAAUCAAUUUACAAUUACAGAAUUGACAGAAGGAGACCGUUAUGAAUUCAGAGUAAUUGCAAGAAAUGCAGCUGGUGUUUUGAGUGAGCCUUCUGAAAGCACUGGACCAAUUACUGCACAGGAUGAGAUUGAAGCACCUUCAGUUUCCAUGGACUCCAAAUUCAAGGAUGUCAUGAUCGUGAAUGCUGGAGAAACAUUUACUAUUGAGGCUGAAAUUGCAGGAAAACCACUCCCAGAUAUAAAGUGGAUAAAAGAUGGAAAGGAAAUUGACAGUGCUACCCCAAGAAUGGAAAUUAAAUCCACUAUUACACAUACAGUUUUAACUGUUAAAGACUGCAUAAGAGUAGAUGGUGGACAUUUUGUCCUUAGCCUCAGCAAUGUGGGUGGAACAAAACAGGUUCCUGUAAAUGUUAAGGUUCUAGACAGACCUGGUCCUCCAGAUGGACCUCUGAGGAUAACUGGGGUCAAAGCAGAGAAAUGUUAUCUACACUGGAACCAUCCAACACAUGAUGGUGGAGCUGGUAUUUCACAUUAUAUUAUUGAAAGGAGGGAAACCAGCAGACUGUCUUGGACUAUGGUAGAACCCAAAAUCCAAGCUAUCAGUUAUAAAGUCACCAGACUAUUACCAGGUAAUGAAUACAUCUUUAGAGUCAUGGCAGUAAACAAGUAUGGUAUUGGUGAACCACUUGAAUCUGAACCAGUUAUAGCAAGAAAUCCUUUUAAGACUCCUGGUCCACCUUCAACUCCGGAAGCAAGUGCAAUCACUAGAGAUUCAAUAGUGCUUACAUGGGACCGUCCAGAGGAUGAUGGUGGUUCUCAAAUUGAUGGUUAUAUUCUGGAAAAGCGUGAUAAAGAAGGUGUCAGAUGGACAAAGUGCAACAAGAAAAGACUAACUGAUUUGCGGUUUAGAGUCACUGGCUUAACAGAUGGACACUCUUAUGAAUUCAGAGUGUCUGCCGAAAAUGCUGCAGGUGUUGGUACACCAAGUGAACCAUCGGAAUAUUACAAAGCAUGUGAUGCAACCUAUCCUCCUGGUCCACCAAACAAUCCCAAAGUUACAGACCAUUCAAGUACAACUGUUUCCCUUGCAUGGAGUAGGCCUAUUUAUGAUGGUGGUGCUCCAAUCUCUGGAUAUAUUGUUGAGAUGAAAGAAACAAUUGGUGAUGAGUGGAUAGUAUGUACACCAAGCACUGGUGUUCAAACAACUCAUUUUACAGUGAAAAAUGUCAAGGAGAAUGCAGAAUACAACUUCCGUAUUUGUGCAAUUAAUAUCGAAGGUGCUGGAGACUUUGUUGAUGUACAAGGCUCUGUAAUUGCUGCUGAGAAACUUGAAGCCCCAGAAGUAGAGCUUGAUGCUGAUCUGAGGAAAAUUUUGAACGUUCGUGCAAGUGCAACACUACGCUUGUUUGUUACAAUUAAGGGACGACCUGAGCCAGAAGUUAAAUGGACAAAGGCUGACGGUAUCUUAACAGAGCGUGCCCAAGUUGAAGUCACAAGCUCUUAUACAAUGCUUGUAAUUGACAAUGUUGACAGAUUUGACACUGGCAAAUAUGUUUUAACUCUUGAAAAUAACAGUGGCACCAAGUCGGCAUUCAUAAAUGUCAGAGUCCUAGACUCCCCCAGUGCUCCUGUAAACUUUAUCGUUAAAGAUAUCAAAACAGACUCAGUCCAGCUGCAUUGGGACCCUCCACAUAUUGAUGGUGGGGCCAAGAUUACCCAUUACAUUGUGGAGAAACGUGAAGCAAAAAGAAUGGCAUUUACAACUGUGACAAAUAGUUGUGUCAGGAAUUCAUUCAGAGUUGACGACCUCCAGGUGGGAGGUGUUUAUCACUUCCGUGUACUUGCAGUGAAUGAACAUGGUGUUGGCUUGCCAACAACCACCACAGAGCCAGUCAAAGUCUCUCAAGCACCUCUGCCACCAGGUAAGAUCACCCUUGUUGAUGUAACUCGGCACACCGUAAGCCUUUCUUGGGAAAAGCCAGAACAUGAUGGUGGUAGCAAGAUAACAGGUUACAUAGUAGAGAUGUUGACUAAAGGAUCAGAGAAAUGGACUGCAUGUGCAACAGUAAAAAUGCCCGAAGCUACAAUUGAAGGACUUACAACAGGGGAGGAAUAUUCAUUUAGAAUUUCUGCCAUGAAUGACAAAGGAAAGAGUGAUCCUAAACCACUUGGAGCAUCUGUGGUUGCCAAGGAUAUUACAAUUGAGCCUGUUAUUGACUUGCUAUUCAACACAUACAGCAUUAAAUCUGGAGAAGAUCUCAAAAUUGAUGUUCCAUUUAGAGGCCGACCUCAUCCAGAAGUGGCGUGGAAGAAGGAUGGCCACACCCUGAAGCAAACAACUAGAGUGAAUGUUCUUACAUCCAAAACAUCAUCAAAGAUUGUUAUCAAAGAUGCAACAAGGGAAGAUGCUGGAAAAUAUGAAAUCACACUGACUAACUUAGUUGGUGUAUGUUCAGCUGAAAUAACAGUUAUCAUUCUUGACAAACCAGGUCCACCUAUAGGAAUCAAAGUAGAUGAAGUAAGUGCAGAUUACAUUUCAUUAUCAUGGGAACCUCCAGUUUAUGAUGGUGGGUGUCAAAUCAAUAAUUAUGUGGUUGAGAAGAGAGAUACGACCACAACAACAUGGCAAAUUGUUUCAGCCACAGUGGCAAGGACAUCAAUUAAAGUAUCCCAUUUGACACAGGGAACUGAAUAUCAAUUUCGUAUUGCUGCUGAAAAUCGUUAUGGCAAGAGCCAUUCUGUUGACACUGUACCAAUUGUUGCACAAUACUCCUUUACACCACCUGGCCCUCCAAAAGACCUUCAAGUUGCUCAUGCUACAAAGUCAGGCAUGUUGGUUACAUGGAAAAAACCAUCCAGUGAUGGUGGAAGUCCAGUCAUUGGCUAUCACUUGGAAUGCAAGGGCCAGAGCAGCAUUCUGUGGACUAAGAUCACAAGAGGUCUUGUUACUGAUACACAAUUUAAAGUUACUGGGCUUGAAGAGGGUCUUCUCUAUCAAUAUAGAGUAUAUGCAGAGAAUAUUGCAGGUAUUGGACCUUGCACAAAUGCCUGUGAGCCUGCUGCUGCAAGAGAUCCAUGCGAUCCUCCAAGUCAGCCAGUUGUUACUAACAUAACACGAACCUCUGUUUCACUUUCCUGGUCUAAACCUGAAAAUGAUGGUGGUGCCAAGGUGACUGGUUACAUUGUAGAACGAAGAGAACUACCAGAUGGUCGCUGGUUGAAAUGCAAUUUCACCAAUCUCCAAGAAACAUUCUUUGAUGUGACUAGCCUGGUUGAAGAUCAAAGAUAUGAUUUCCAUGUGAUUGCUAAGAAUGCAGCUGGUUUACUUAGUCAGCCAUCAGAGUGCACAGGCCCUGUUACAGUGAAAGAUGACGUUGAUCCACCACGCAUUACAAUUGAAGACAGUCUACGACAACUAGUUGUAGUCAAAGCAGGAGAUAUACUACGAAUUGAUGCUGAAAUUUCUGGACGCCCCGCACCUGUGAUUUCAUGGGCAAAGGAUGGCAAAGAAAUUGAGUCUAAAGCAAGAACUGAGAUUUCUUCAACAUUCGCAACCACCACACUGAUUAUUAAAGACACCAUCAGAAGAGACUCUGGACAGUAUGUUCUCACAUUACAGAAUGUUGGUGGUACCAGAUCUUUAGCAGUGAACUGCAAAGUCCUUGAUAGACCUGGCCCAUCAGCUGGACCAUUGGAAGUAACUGGUGUGACAGCAGAAAAAUGCACAUUAAAUUGGGGACCACCCCAAGAAAAUGGUGGGGCAGAAAUUCAACACUACAUUGUGGAGAAGCGUGAAACAAGUCGCCUUGCUUGGACAUUAGUAUAUGCAGACAUGAGGGCCACAACAUGCAAAGUCACAAAACUGCUUAAAGGCAAUGAAUACAUUUUCAGAGUUCGGGGAGUAAAUAAACAUGGAACAGGAGAAACUCUAGAAAGUGAUCCCGUGAAAGCCCUAGAUCCAUUUACAGUACCCGCUGCACCAACAAAUGUUGAGGUCACAAGUGUUACAAGCGAAGCAAUGACAAUCUGCUGGGAAAGGCCUAUUUCUGAUGGAGGCAGUAGUAUUGAUGGUUAUGUAAUAGAAAAACGUGAAAAAACAGGUCUUCGCUGGGUUCGUGUCAACAAAAAGCCUGUUUAUGACUUAAGAGUCAAAGCCUCCAAUCUUCGUGAAGGAAGUGAAUAUGAAUACCGCGUAUAUGCAGAGAACGCUGCAGGUCUGAGUGCACCAAGCCAUCCUUGCCCAUUGACUAAAGCAGAGGAUCCAUUAUUCUUGCCAUCUCCACCAGUGAAACCAAAGAUAAUAGAUUCAACCAAGUCUACUAUAACACUUUCUUGGAACAAGCCCCUGUUUGAUGGUGGUUCUCCAGUCACAGGAUACUCAGUUGAAUAUAGGCAAACCAAUGAGGAGGACUGGACUGUUGGUGUGCAGCAAAUCAAUAACACUGAGUUUACAGUUGUUGGGCUGACAUCAGGAGCAGAAUAUGUCUUUGUGGUUAGGUCAAUUAAUAAAAUUGGUCCAAGUGAACCCAGCCCUGAGACUGAUCCACAGAUAGCAAAGGACAGUGAAGAUGAGCCUGUUUUCCUCAUCAGUAAUGAAAUGCGAAAAACACUGAUUGUUAAAGAUGGCAGCUCAUUCACCCUAAGAGUGCCUUUCAAAGGGAAACCUGUGCCACAUGUCAUGUGGAACAAGCCUGAUAUAGAUCUAAGAGCUCGGGCAACAAUUGAUAUAACAGAUACUUGCACAUCUGUCACAAUUGAGCAAGCUACAAGAAAUGACUCGGGCAAGUAUACCGUGACCCUACAAAAUGUUGCUGGAACAGCCACACUAACAUUGAAUGUCAAAGUGCUUGAUUCACCUGGACCACCUGCCAAACUUUCAGUUAAGGAAGUGACCAAAAACUCUGCAACAAUAACAUGGGACACACCAGAAAAUGAAGGCGGUGCUCCUGUCAAGAACUACCUUGUUGAUCUACGUGAGGCAAGCAAAAAAGGGUGGACAAGAGUCACAGAAAGUUGUCCCAGAAUAACCUUUAAAGUGCCUGACCUUCAAGAGGGCGGUGUGUAUUAUUUCAGAGUCACUGGUGAAAACGAAUAUGGAAUUGGAGUACCACUUGAAACUAAAGAGGGAACAAAGAUUACAGAAAAACCAAGUCCACCAGCAAAACUUGGAGUAACCGAGGUUACAAAAGACUCUGUCUCACUAGCUUGGAGUAAACCCGAGCACGAUGGAGGAAGCAGAAUUACAAAUUACCAGGUGGAUGCUUUGGAGAAAGGACAACAGAAGUGGAUAAAAUGUGGUGUCACCAAAUCAACUCACUUUGUUGUCUAUGGGUUAAGAGAGAAUGGUGAAUAUUAUUUUAGAGUCCGGGCUGAAAAUCAUGCUGGACUAAGUGACCCUAAAGAUAUGGUUCUACCUGUCCUUGUUAAAAAUCAACUCGAGGCACCUGAAAUUAACAUGAAGGACUUUCUACACAAUACUGUCUAUGUAAAGGCAGGCUCUAAUCUUAAAGUAGAGAUCCCACUUGCUGGUAAACCUUCACCAAAAGUAUCGCUUUCAAAGGAUGAUCAGAUUCUGAAAUCAACCAUGAGGUUCAAUUCAGAAGUAACACCUGACUGUCUUAUCAUCACCCUGCGUGACAGUGUUGCCAAUGAUGCAGGCAGAUAUGACAUUACAGCCUCAAACUCAAGUGGAACCACCAAGUCCUUUAUCAAUAUUGUUGUCUUAGACAGACCAAGUCAACCUAUUGGUCCAGUUGAGAUGUGCGAUAUCACAGAGGACAGUGUAAGUCUGAAAUGGCUUCCAUCUGCAUAUGAUGGUGGCAGCCCAAUAACCAACUAUAUUGUUCUAAAACGUGAAACGACAACAGCCAACUGGGUUGAGGUUUCAUCUGCAGUCGCAAGAUGCACAAUUAAGAUUCUGAAAUUAACUACUGGAGUUGAGUAUCAGUUCAGAAUCAGGGCUGAAAAUCGCUUUGGCAUCAGUGAACACCUCGAUUCUCCAACCGUCACAGUUAAUCUGCCAUACAAAAUUCCGGAGGCACCUUCAACACCAUGGGUAUCUGUUGUUACCAAAGAAAGUAUCACUGUCAACUGGAAAGAACCUUCUUCUGAUGGAGGAAGCCAUAUAUUUGGAUACCACCUACAUAUGAAAGACAAAAACAGUAUUUUGUGGAAGAAGGUCAACAAAACUGUUAUUCGAGCCACACAUUUCAAAGUAACAGACAUCAAUCCAGGCCUUAUCUAUGAGUUCAAGGUAGAGGCAGAAAAUGCUGCUGGUAUUGGUCCUAUCAGCAACAUUUCAGAUGCUGUACUGGCAAUUGAUGCUUGUGAACCACCAACUGAUGUUCGUGUCACUGAUAUCACAAAGAAUUCAAUAAGCCUUGAAUGGAACAAACCUGCCUAUGAUGGUGGAAGCAAAGUGACAGGAUACAUAAUUGAGAAGAAAGACUGUCCAAAAGGCAAAUGGUUCAAAACUAAUCUAUUUAAGAUUUCUGACACCAAGUUUACUGUAUCAGGCCUCAUACAAGAUGAAUCUUAUGAAUUUAGAGUCUUAGCCCAGAAUGCAAUUGGCUCUGUCAGUAACCCUUCAGUUACUGUGGGGCCAGUUACAUGUGUGGAUACUUUUGGUGCUCCUAAAAUUGAGCUUCCUCAGGAAUACCUUGAUAUUGUAAAAUACAGAGCAGGAGCAUCCAUUGAACUUAAAAUUGGCAUUAUUGCCAAACCACAGCCAACAAUUGAAUGGUACAAAGAUGGAAAAGACCUGGAGUCUGGACCUCAGGUAGUGAUGUCCAAUACCACAGAUUCUGUCUGCAUCUCAAUAAAAGAGGCUACACGUAUAAACAGUGGAACAUAUGAACUUAAGAUCAAGAACUCUUUGGGCUCAGCAUACGCUGCUAUCCGCUUGCUUAUUCAAGACAAACCUGGGCCUGCAGGAGAAAUUCAAUUCAAGAAGAUUACACAAGAUACUAUAACCCUCAUGUGGGAUCCUCCAGCUGAUGAGGGUGGUGCAAUGGUUACCCAUUACAUUGUGGAAAAACGUGAGAGUAGCAGAAUCAUGUGGUCAAUAAUAUCUGAGAAAUUGGAGGAUUGCAUUGUCUCUGUUUCAAGGCUGAUCAAAGGAAAUGAAUACAUCUUCCGUGUUCGUGGCGUGAAUAAAUAUGGAAUUGGAGAUCCAUUAGAAUCCGAACCUGUCAUUGCACAGAACUCAUUUGUACCUCCCAGCCAACCUUCCAAACCACAGGUCACCAUGAUUACUAAAUCAACAAUGACUGUUACAUGGGAAAGACCAAGUCUAGAUGGUGGCAGUGAUAUUGAUGGAUAUUAUCUGGAGAAACGGGAAAAGAAAAGCCUACAGUGGUUCAAGGUCAUUAAAGAUACAAUACGUGAUACUAGGCAAAAGGUCAGCAAUCUUACAGAAGGAAAUGAGUAUCAGUAUCGUGUUUGUGCAAUUAAUAAAGCUGGUGCAGGUCGAUACUCUGAUGCAUCCAUCUUCUACAAAGCAUCUGAUCCCAUUGAUCCACCAAGUGAGCCAACAAAACUUAAAGUUGUUGAUUCAACCAAGACUUCAAUUACACUUGGAUGGGUAAAACCUGUGUACGAUGGUGGCAGUGAGAUCACUUGCUACAUAGUUGAGCAAAUGGAAGUUGAGGAAAAAGAGUGGGUCACUAUAAGCUCCAAGGGUGAAGUCAGAACCACUGAGUACGUGGUGUCCCAUUUGAAACCUGGAUCAUAUUAUUACUUCCGUAUCUCUGCUGUUAACUGUGCUGGAACUGGACGCCCAAUUGAAAUGAUUCAGCCAAUACAAGCUAAAGAUAUUUUGGAGGAAGCUGAUGUGGACCUUGAUAUUUCAAUGUCAACUCAAUAUACAGCAAAGGCAGGCAGAGAUGUGGAAAUUAUGAUUCCUCUGAAAGGCAGACCUGCACCGAAUGUCACAUGGCGUAGAGGAGAUAGGAAUAUUGGGUCAGAUGCAAAAUAUACAAUUAAUAAUACAGAAUAUUCAACGACACUCAUCAUUCCAAAGGUCACUCGGGAUGAUUCAGGCAAAUAUCUCCUUGAGAUUGAAAAUGGAGUUGGUGAACCAAAGAACAUUACAAUCUCUUUGAGGGUAUUAGACUCCCCAUCAGCUUGUAGUAAGCUGGUGGUGAAAAAUGUUACACGUGGUAAACUCACUCUGAGCUGGGAUCCUCCUCUGAUUGAUGGUGGAUCUCCAGUUACAAACUACAUCGUUGAGAAGAAGGAUGCCAAACUCAAGGCUUACUCCAUAAUUACAACAGAAUGUACCAACACAUCAUGCAAGGUUGACGGCCUGUCAGAAGAGAUUGCCUAUUUCUUCCGUGUGUCUGCUGAAAAUGAAAAUGGCAUUGGUGAUACUUGUGAGACCACAGAACCUGUUAGAGCCACUGAGACCCCUGGUCCUGUAAAGAACCUUGUUUUGGUUGACUCGACUAACACAUCUGUAACUUUGGCAUGGACAAAGCCUGAUCAUGAUGGUGGCAGUCAUAUUUCUGAGUACAUCAUUGAAAAGAAAGAUGAUGAUGCUGUGAAUUGGAGCCCUGCUGGUACAUGCAAAUGUUGCAAGUUUGAAGUAACAAAUCUUCAAGAACUCUCUGAGUUUUUCUUUAGAGUGUAUGCCAAAAAUGAGAAGGGUCGCAGUGACUUCGCUCAAAUUGGACCCAUUACCGUGAAGGAGUUCUUAAUUCCACCUGAAGCCAACCUUAUUGAUUAUCCACAUGGUGAAUUAAGUGUCAGAAUUGGACAAAAUGUGAACAUUGAAUUGCCAUUCAAGGGUAAACCAAAGCCUGCAGUUCAGUGGAUGAAAGAUGAUGUUCCUUUGAAGGAAAGUGAACAGGUUCGCUUCAGACAAACUGAGAAUAAAGCAAGUCUAAUUGUAAGAACUGCUAGAAAGGAGAAUGCAGGAAAAUACACUCUGGUCCUUGAUAACAGACUUGUCAAGAACUUCUUUGACAUUAAGGUCAUCACUCUUGGUCCUCCCUCUGUACCGGUAGGCCCUAUUCGGUUUGAUGAAGUCAAAGCACAGAGCAUUGUUAUCUCAUGGAAUGAGCCACAGGAAGAUGGUGGUGGAGAAAUCACCUGCUACAGCGUGGAAAAGAAGGAAACGUCUCAAGCGGCUUGGAAAAUUGUUUGUUCAAGUGUUGUCAGAACCACAUUCAAGAUACCCAAUCUGGUAAAUGGCACUGAAUACCAAUUCAGGGUGCGUGCAGAAAACAAAUAUGGAGUAAGUGAGCCUCUCAACUCGGUCGCCAUUGUUGCUGAACACCAGUAUAAGCCACCAGGUCCACCUGGAAAACCUGUUGUGUUUAAUGUUACAAGUGAUGGCAUGACUGUUUCAUGGGAUGCACCCAGCUUUGAUGGCGGCUCUCCUAUUACUGGAUACCAUCUUGAGAAAAAAGACAGAAACAGCCUUCUGUGGAUGAAAGUCAAUUCCAGUGUAAUCUCUGGAAGAGAGUACAGGGCCAUUGGUCUGAUUGAAGGUCUGGAAUAUUCAUUCAGAGUGUAUGCUCAGAAUAAUGCUGGCAUGAGUCUGGUCAGUGAGCAGAGCAAGCACAAACUUGCUAUUUCUCCUGUUGAUCCUCCUGGCACACCUAACUGCAUUGAUGUUACAAGAGAUUCUGUCACACUUCAGUGGGAGCCACCUAAGCGUGAUGGAGGAAGUAGGAUUGUAGCAUACAGUGUUGAGAGGCGCCAAGGAAGAGGACGCUGGCUGAGAUGCAAUUUUAUUGAUAUUAGUGAAUGCCAGUUUACAGUGACAGGACUUGCAUGUGGUGACCGCGUCGAAUUUAGAGUAAUUGCUAGAAAUGCUAUUGGAACAGUCAGUCCACCAUCACAGUCAUCUGGCUACAUCAUGACCAAGGAUGAAAGUGUGAUUCCUGAGAUUCAGUUUGCUGCUGAAAAGACUCUAACAAUCAAAGCUGGAGAAAACAUCAAACUCAGUUGCGCUAUUGGUGGCCGGCCUGUGCCUCAGGUCACAUGGUAUAAGGAUGGAAAACAGCUUGACAAAAUGCUUGUUGACAUCACAACCAUAAUUGGAUCAAGCUCACUGUUCAUUAGAGAUGCUAAUCGUAGUGACCGUGGAAUCUAUACUGUUGAAGCCAAAAACAGCUCUGGAACAACAAAGGAGGAUGUUCUCGUCAGAGUACAAGAUACUCCUGGACCACCUGAGGGCCCACUUCGCUUCACAAAUAUCUCAGCUGAGAAGGCAACACUUUGGUGGAGUCCACCAGACAAUGAUGGCUGUGCAGCCAUCACUCACUAUGUGAUUGAGAAGCGCGAGACUUCUCGUAUUUCUUGGGCACUUGUUGCAUCUAAGUGCGAAGCCUGUUCUUUCAAUGCCACCAAGUUGAUCAAAGGCAAUGAGUAUCAGUUCCGUGUUUCUGCUGUCAACAUUUUCGGUGUUGGCAAACCACUCGAAUCAGAUCCAUUUGUUGCCAAAAUGCAGUACACUGUACCUGAUGCUCCAGGAACACCCGACUGCACUCAUGUGACAGGAAACAGUCUAACACUCUGCUGGACAAGACCAAGACUUGAUGGUGGCAAUGAAAUAAAACAUUAUAUCCUUGAAAGAAGAGAAAAGAAGAGUUUGCAAUGGGUGAAAGUUUCAGCAAAGAGACCAAUCACAGAGCUCAGACACAGAGUUACAAACUUGACGGAAGGAAAUGAGUAUGAAUUCCGUGUUAUGGCUGAAAAUGGGGCUGGUGUAGGUCCACCAAGUGGAGUCUCAAGACUCUUUAAGUGCAGAGAACCUACAAGUGCACCUAGUGCACCAACAGUGGUAAAAGUCAUUGACUCAACAAAGACCUCUGUGACCCUGGAAUGGACCAAACCAAUCUUUGAUGGUGGUCUAGAGAUCAUUGGUUACAUCAUUGAUAUGUGCAAAGCAAGCCUUGAAGAAUGGCACAGAGUCAACAACCAGACUUGUAUACAUACCUCAUACACAGUUACAGAUUUAGAACCAGGUGAAGAGUAUAAAUUCCGUGUAUGUGCUGUUAAUGGUGCUGGAAAGGGAGAAGCUUCUGAAAUUCCAAAUGCAGUGCAGACAGUUGACAGACUGACAUCACCAGAAAUUGAGAUUGAAGCGGAUUUCAAACAGACGCACAUUGUGAAAUGUGGAGGAACAGUUUCUCUUCAUGUGCCUUUUUGUGGAAAACCUACACCCCUGGCUACAUGGACAAAAGCAGAUGAAGAGCUUGGUGUUAUGGUGGACAUUCAUACUACUGACACUUUCAGCACAUUAACAAUUGAAAACUGUACCAGAUAUGAUGCUGGAAAAUACACACUUUCCCUUGAAAACAAUAGUGGUCGCAAAGCCAUUACAUUAACAGUAAAAGUGUUAGACACACCUGGGCCACCAGGUCCUAUAUCAUUCAAGGAUGUGACAAGAGGAGCUUUGACUCUAAUGUGGGAUGCGCCAUUGAACGAUGGUGGCGCUCGUGUUCAUCAUUAUAUUAUUGAAAAACGCGAGGCAAGUCGCCUGAGCUGGCAAGAGGUCAGUCCCAAGUGUACACGACAAAUUCUCAGAGUGACCAGUCUUGAAGCUGGUGUAGCAUACUGCUUCAGGGUCACAGCAGAAAAUCAGUAUGGUAUCGGCGAACCUUAUGAAAUGUCCGAACCUAUUAUUGCCACAGAGGAACCUGCACCGCCCAAGAGGUUGGACAUUAUUGACACUACAUCUUCAACAGCCACCUUGGCAUGGAUGAAACCUGAGCAUGAUGGUGGAAGCCGCAUCACAGGAUACAUUGUUGAGACCAGAAAGAAAGGCUCAGAUCGCUGGGUUGUUGGUGGUCAAACAAAAUCUUUGAAGAUGGUCUUGGAGGGCUUGAUUGAGAACACAGAGUAUGAAUUCCGUGUCAAAGCACAAAAUGAUACUGGAGUCAGUUAUCCAAGAGAUGCACUUACCUCUGUUAUCAUCAAAGAACCUCGUAUCGAGCCAACUGCAGACAUCAGUGGCAUCAGCAAACAGCUAAUUACCUGUAAGACUGGCAAUUCCUUUACCAUUGAUAUUCCCAUUAGUGGCAGACCCGCUCCAAAAGUGUCCUGGAAACUUGAGGAGAUGAAACUUAAAGAAACCGAAAGAGUCUCUAUCAAGACUUCAAAUGUGAAAACCACCCUACUGGUUAAAGAUGCUAAGAGAGGGGACAGUGGAAAAUACUACCUUACUCUGGAGAAUGCAGCUGGGUCAAAGACAUUCAGUAUUACUGUAAUUGUCUUUGGUAGACCAAGCCCACCAUCUGGUCCAGUAGAAAUCACAGGAAUCACAUCAGAAUCAUGUGUGUUGACAUGGGCUGAGCCUACAGAUGAUGGUGGAUCAGAUAUAACUAACUAUAUAGUUGAGAAACGGGAAUCUGGUCAAACUUCAUGGCAGGUUGUGAACUCAAGCGUGAAACGACCAACCAUUAAAGUCACCCAUUUGACAAAAUACAUGGAGUACACCUUCCGUGUCAGUGCAGAGAACAAGUUUGGUGUUAGCAAACCAAUUGAGUCUCAAGCUAUUGUGGCAGAACAUCCAUUCAUACCACCAAGCCCACCUACACGUCCAGAUGUGGUGUUAGUGUCUGCUAAUGCCAUUUCCAUCAAAUGGGAUGUCUCAUAUCAUGAUGGCGGAAGCAAGGUGACUGGAUAUUGGAUUGAGAAAAAGGAGCGCAACACUAUUUUAUGGACACGGGAAAAUAAAAUCCCAUGCAUUGAGUGUCAUUAUAAGGUCUCUAAUCUGAUUGAAGGCCUUGAAUAUCAGUUCCGUGUAUAUGCCAUGAAUAUUGCUGGUCUAAGCAAAGCUAGUGAAGCUUCAAGACCAGUGCUAGCUUUGAAUCCAGUUGAUCCACCUGGCAAACCAGAAGUAUAUGACAUUACAAGAUCUUCAGUGUCUAUUAAAUGGUCUGUACCAUUUAAUGAUGGUGGCAGCAAACUUGUGGGUUAUGUAGUUGAACGCAAGUCGUCCACUGACGAUGAUGAAACUCGUUGGCUGAAGUGCAACUAUACUACCAUCACAGACAAUUCCUUCACUGUAACAUCUCUUGAAGAGGGAGCAGUUUAUGAAUUCCGUGUCAUUGCUAAGAAUUGUGCAGGAGUCCACAGUAUGCCAUCAGAAUCAACUGGUCCUAUCACAUGCAAAGAUGAAUACACACCACCAAAGGCUGAGUUAGACAGCAAACUUGUCGGUGAGACAGUAACUAUUAGGGCUGGAUCAGACCUGGUUCUUGAUGCUGCAAUAGGUGGUAAACCUGAACCCAAAGUAUGCUGGUGCAAGGGUGAUAAGGAGUUGGAGCUGGGUGAUAAAUACUCACUGACAUACACCAGCACAAGAGCUAUGGCAAUAAUCAAAUCAUGUAACAGGAAUGAUACUGGAAAGUAUAUAUUGAGUGUUAAGAAUGCCAGUGGAACCAAAACUGCAGCUGUCAUUGUUAAGGUUCUUGAUACCCCUGGUCCUCCAGAUGAUAAAAUCAUGAUCAGCAGGGUCACAGAAGAAAAAUGCACAGUUUCUUGGAAGAUGCCUUCCGAGGAUGGGGGAGCUUCUGUCUCACACUACAUCGUUGACAGACGUGAGACCAGUAGACUCAACUGGGUUGUCAUGGAAACUGAAUGCAAGACCCUUUCUUGUGUCAGUACAAAACUAAUCAAGAACAAUGAAUACGUAUUCCGUGUGAGAGCUGUUAACAAAUACGGAGCUGGUGUACCACUGGAGUCUGAACCAAUUAUUGCAAGAAAUGCAUAUACUGUUCCAACAGCUCCUGGAGCACCAGAAAUUACAGCUGUCGGCAAGCAACAUGUCAUUAUUGAGUGGCUGAAGCCAGAGAAUGAUGGCGGUAGUGAAAUAAACAAUUACAUUGUGGAUAAACGUGAAGCGAGCAGUUUGAGAUGGACCAGAGUAAACAAGACAUACGCUAUCUAUGACACAAGACUGAAAAUAACAGGUCUAUUAGAGGGAAGUGAAUACCAAUUCCGCGUUACAGCUGUCAAUUCUGCUGGCACAGGCUUACCAAGUGAAGCCUCUGAAUAUGCUCUUUGCAGAGAUCCAACGUAUACCCCAGCUACUCCAUCAACUCCUCGUAUAGUAGAUACUACCAAACAUACCAUCACUAUGACAUGGACCAGACCUAUGUAUGAUGGUGGUUCCAAUGUCACAGGCUAUGUUGUUGAGAUUCUAGAAGAGGGAAAUGAACAGUGGUAUAGAGCCACCCAGAAGAUCCUGACUAGUAAUGAAUAUACUGCAGUUGGUUUAACAAGCAACAAAAAGUACAGGUUCAGAGUUGCUGCAGUGAAUGCAAUGGGCACUGGAGAGUUCAGUGAAGGCAGUGUGGAGACUGCACCCAUAGAAAGAGUUGAAAUUCCUGAUAUUGAAUUACCCGAAGACCUGAGGAAAACUGUUUGCCUGAGAGCUGGCAGCACUUUACGUCUGAAUGCAACAAUACUUGGAAGACCACUGCCAGUUGUUACAUGGAGGAAGACUGGAAUAGACCUUCACUCACGGGGCUACAUUGACACAACAGAGAAUACUACAACUUUAAUAGUUGAGAAGGUGCACCGUUAUGAUGCUGGAAAAUACACAAUUGAGGCUGAAAAUCCAUCUGGCAAGAAGAUAAUUACUAUUCUUGUCAAGAUAUAUGAUUCCCCUGGUCCUUGUGCUACAGUCAAGGUCAAGGAUUACACCAAAGAAUCGGUUGUCAUUACAUGGGAUGUCCCUACUAUCGACGGAGGGGCUCCUAUCAGCAACUACAUUAUUGAAAAACGUGAAGCAUCAAUGAAAUCUUACAAAACAGUGACAAUAGAAUGCAAGAAGACAUUGUACAGAAUCACUGAUUUGGAAGAAGGAACACGAUACUUCUUCAGAGUACUUCCAGAAAACAUAUAUGGUAUUGGAGAACCUUGUGAAACAACCGAGUCUGUGCUUGUAUGCGAAGUGCCAUCGAUUCCUCAAGAUUUGCAAGUCAUCGACGUUACAAAAUCUACAGUCAUUCUUGGAUGGGAGAAACCACUUUACGAUGGUGGCAGCAGACUUACUGGUUACGUUAUCGAAGCUUGUAAGAAAGGAACUGACCGAUGGAUGAACGUUGCUAGCGUGAGAUCAUCAGUGUUUCAGCACACCAUAGAUUCUCUGAAUGAGAAUGAGCAAUACUUAUUCAGAAUUAAGGCUGAAAACAACAGAGGAGUCAGUGAACCCAGAGACUUGGUGUCACCUGUUACUAUUCAAGAACAAAGAGUUAUGCCAAGGAUUGAUCUGACUAGCAUACCUCAAAAGAUUGUAAAUGUGCACGCUGGCAAGCCAAUUGUGCUCAACAUUCCCAUCACUGGAAGACCUGCACCAACGUGCUCAUGGUUCUUUGGUGGCAGUAAAAUGAAAGACACACUGGACCGUAUUAAAAUUGAGACAACUGCACAGUAUACACAUCUUAUGGUUCGUGAAACUACCCUUAAUGAUACCGGGGACUAUACUCUUGAAGUAAAGAAUAUCACAGGAGUCGCUACAGAAAUCAUCAAAGUCAUCAUUCUUGAUAAACCCGGCAUUCCAGUUGGACCAAUGCGAAUUGAUGCGAUUGAUGCCACAUCUGUAACAUGCAGCUGGGAGCCACCAGUGAAGGAUGGAGGUGCCAAUAUCAGUGGCUAUGUUGUUGAACAACGAGAUGCUCAUCGCCCUGGUUGGCUGCCAAUUUCUGAAUCUGUCACAAGACCCACAUUCAAAUUCACUAGACUUUCUGAGGGAACAGAAUAUGUGUUCCGUGUGGCUGCAACAAACCGUUUUGGCAUCGGAUCAUUCCUUCAGUCUGAAGUUGUUGAAUGCAAGAGUGCCAAGACUGUUCCUGGUGCGCCAAGCAUACCUGAAAUAUUUGAUGUGUCCCAUGACGGUAUGACAAUCACUUGGAAACCACCAGAAGAUGAUGGUGGUUCCUCAGUGGCCGGCUACAUCAUUGAGCGUAAAGAAACUAGAUCUGACAGAUGGGUGCGCAUCAAUAAGAAUCCAGUGACGAUGACCAGAUACAGAUCAACCGGUCUAAUUGAAGGUCUUGAAUAUGAGUACAGAGUGACAGCUUUGAACUCCAGAGGCAAUGGCAAACCAAGUCUGGUCUCAAAACCAGUGAUUGCAAUGGAUCCUAUCGUACCUCCAGGCAUACCUUUGAACCCGAGGGUCACAGAUACAACCAGGACCUCUGUGUCACUGGCAUGGUCUCCCCCAGAGGAAGAGGGAGGUGCCAUUAUCACUGGUUACCUAGUAGAGAUGCAGAAGGUUGACCAGAUUGAAUGGACCAAAUGCAACACAACUCCAACAAAGAUUUGUGAAUAUACCCUGACACAUAUGCCCCAAGGUGCCGAGUAUAGGUUCCGUGUGAUGGCAUGCAAUGCUGGUGGACCUGGAGAACCAGCUGAGAUUCCAGGAGUAGUUAAAGUCACAGAAAUGCUUGAAUAUCCUGGUUAUGAGCUGGAUCCGAAGUACCAGGAGGGUUAUAUUGUCAGACAAGGUGGAGCUGUCAGGCUCUCAGUGCCAAUUAAAGGAAAACCAUAUCCCACCUGUAAGUGGACAAAGGAAGGCCGUGACAUCUCUCAUAGAGCUAUGAUUGCCACUACUGAAGAACGCACAGAGCUGGUGAUAAAAGAGUCACACAGGGAUGACACUGGAACCUAUGAUCUUGUGUUGGAGAACAAAUGUGGAAAGAAAGCAGUGUACAUCAAGGUUAAAGUUAUUGGACCCCCGGAUCCACCUGAAGGCCCACUGGAAUUUGAUGAUAUCCAAGCUCGUUCUGUAAGAGUGAGCUGGAGACCGCCCUCAGAGGAUGGUGGCUCUGAUAUUCUUGGUUACGUUGUGGAGAGACGUGAGGUACCAAAGGCAGCAUGGUACACUGUGGACUCUCGAGUAGUUGACACUUCACUUGUGGUCAAAGGACUUAAAGAAAAUGUUGAAUACCACUUCAGAGUUUCAGCAGAAAACCAGUUUGGAAUUAGUAGAUCUCUGAAAUCAGAUGAGUCAGUUAUACCAAAAACACCUCUCUGUCCACCUGAGCCUCCUACCUUCCCUCCAGAAAUUAUGGAUGUCACAAAAACCACUGUUGGUCUGUCUUGGUCAAGACCAAAGGAUGAUGGUGGCUCUCGUGUCACUGGAUACUAUAUUGAAAGAAGAGAGACGUCAACUGAGAAAUGGGUGCGUCACAACAAAACUCAUAUCACAACCACAAUGUAUACUCUCACCGGCCUUAUCCCGGAUGCAGAGUAUCAGUUCCGUGUGAUUGCUCAGAAUGACGUUGGUCAAAGUGAACCUGGACCUGUUUCUGAAGCAGUUUUGUGCAAGGAUCCAUUUGAUAAACCAAGCCAACCUGGUGAUAUUGACAUCAUCUCAGUUACCAAAGACUGCAUCACUAUUCACUGGCUACGUCCAGAAUUUGAUGGUGGCAAAGAAAUUCUUGGAUACUGGAUUGAAUUUAGACAAGCAGGUGAAAGUGCAUGGAAGAAAUGCAACAAGGAGCGUUCUAAAGACAGGCAGUUUACUAUGGGAGGUCUCAUGGAGGCAACAGAAUACGAGUUCAGAGUGUUUGCUCAAAAUGAAACUGGAUUGAGCAGACCCCGUAGAACUGCCAUGGGUAUCAAAACCAAACUGAGUGUUGGAGAAGCACCAAGUCUAAAGGAAGAGAUGAAAGAUACUACCACUAAACUGGGAGAAUCUGGAACACUGAAUUGCCAGAUUAUUGGAAGACCGCUUCCAGAAAUCAAAUGGAAUAGAUAUGGAAAAGAACUGAUUCAGAGUCGUAAAUACAAAAUGAGCUCUGAUGGCAGAAAUCAUUCUCUAACAGUUGUAACUGAUGAACAAGAAGAUGAAGGCCUGUACACAUGCCGAGCCAUCAAUGAGGCUGGUGAAAUCGAAACCAGUGGCAAGCUAUUUUUGCAGGCUGCACCACAAUUACAUCCUGGAUUCCCAUUAAAGGAUAAGUAUUACGCAGGCUGUGGAACAAGUCUACGUCUCCAUGUUGUCUAUAUUGGACGUCCAAUUCCACAAAUCAUGUGGUUUUAUGGCAAGAAACCUCUAAAUCCAUCGGAGAAUGUUAUUAUCGAAAACACAGAGAGUUAUACUCACUUGGUUGUCAGAAAUGUUCAGCGCAAAACAAAUGCUGGCAAAUACAAGGUGCAAUUGAGCAACAAAUUUGGAUCAAUCGAUACAGUGUUACGUGUUGAAAUCCGAGAUAAACCCAUGAUUCCUGAAGGGCCAAUUAUUGUUGAUGCGCUCAUGAGAAACUCUGUAAUCAUAAGUUGGAAAGUACCUAAGGAUGAUGGUGGUUCACUGAUCACAAACUAUAUUGUAGAGAAGCGUGAAGCAAAAGAGGGAGCGCAAUGGAACCUAGUGUCAUCAUCUGUCUCAGGAACCACAUGCCGCGUUCCAAAUCUAAUCGAGAGUGCUGGAUACUACUUCCGUGUUUCUGCCCAAAAUCAGUAUGGUAUUAGUGAGUCAUUAGAGAUUCCUGCUGUUCUCAUCAUCAAGAGUCCAUAUGAAAAACCUGGAAUCCCACAACAGCCAGUUGUAACCUCAUUCACAGAGGAUUCCUGUGUUGUUUCAUGGAAACCACCAUCCAGUGAUGGAGGUGCCAAAAUUAAGACUUACUACCUGGAGAAGAGAGAAAAGAAACAGAACAAAUGGAUUGCUGUGACAACUGAAGAAAUAUGCGAGACAUCCUUUACAGUUAAAGGUCUUAUUGAAGGUUUUGAGUACGAAUUCCGUGUCAAAUGUGAGAACAUUGGCGGAGAGAGUGAUUGGAGUGAGAUUUCACAACCUGUCGUUCCAAAGUCAGACUUGACUCCUCGUGCUCCCUUCUUUAAAGAGGAACUCAGAGAUAUGUGUGUCAAAUAUAAAGCCAAUGCAACCUUUGUUACUAAGGUCAUUGGACAUCCUAAGCCAAUUGUGAAAUGGUACAAGAAUGGCAAAGAAAUUUUGCCCGAUGGAGAGAAAAUCAAGGUCCAAGAAUUCAAGGGAGGCUACCACCAACUUGCUAUCAGUAAUUCAGAUGAGUGUGAUGUAGCUGUUUACCAAAUUAGAGCCACCAAUCAAGAAGGAUCAAUCUCUACAACCGUAACACUUGAUGUUGAAGUUCCUGCCAAGGUUCACCUGCCAUUACAUCUACAAGGCAUGGGAGCUGUUCAUGCUAUUCGUGGUGAGGUGGUCACUAUCAAGAUUCCAAUCAGUGGUAAACCUGAACCUGCAAUCACAUGGCAAAAGGGACAAGAAAUAUUGAAUAACACAGUAUACCAUCAAGUGAUUGUAACAAGAUCCUUCACAUCCCUCGUGUUCCAAAAGGGAGUGCAAAAGAAAGAUGCUGGUUACUACAUCAUUUGUGCCAAGAACAGAUUUGGUGUUGAUAAACAAACAGUUGAACUUGAUGUUGCUGAUGUGCCUGAUCCACCUAAGGAUGUUAAAGUAAGUGAUAUUGGAAGAGAUACCAUCACACUCACAUGGAUACCUCCAAAUGAUGGUGGAAGUGAAAUCAUCAGCUACAUAAUAGAGAAGUGCCCAGUAUCAGGUGAUAGGUGGCUUCGUGUUGCCCAGACAUCUGAACCACAAUAUACAGUCAUGAGCCUGUUUGGUAAGACCAAAUAUCAGUUCCGUGUUAUUGCUGAAAACAGAUUUGGUCUGAGUGAGCCAUCUGUGCCAACUGAACCUGUAACAGCCAGAGAAGACAAGUUAGCCAUUAGAAACUAUGACGAAGAAGUGGAUGAAGAAAGAGAAGUUAUGAAAGAAGAGGCACCUCAUUCUAAAGUUAAGAAUUUGCCAUCUCUAUACAAAAUCUCUGAGGAACUAGCACGAUGCGGACACUUUGGUGUUGUUCAUCGUUGUACCGAAAUUAGCUCCAAGAAGACUUUCAUGGCUAAACUUAUCAAGGUAAAAGGGGCUGAUAGAGAGCUUGUUGCAAGAGAGAUUGAAACUCUUAAUAUUGCAAGGCACAAAAACUUAUUGUAUCUUCAUGAGUCCUUUGACAGCUUGGAGGAAUAUGUUCUGAUCUAUGAAUUCAUAUCAGGAAUGGAUAUCUUUGAACGUCUUGGAACAAGUUUUGACCUCACUGAGCGAGAAAUCGUUCUGUACCUGAGACAAGUUUGCCAGGCUCUGAAGUUCCUGCACAGCCUCAACUACGGUCAUUUUGACAUUAGACCUGAAAACAUUGUCUACACUUCAAGAAAGAGCAGUACAAUCAAGAUCAUUGAAAUGGGCCAAGCCAGGCUGUUGACACCUGGAGAAAAUAUCAGAAUUCAAUUCACAGCACCUGAGUAUUAUGCACCCGAGGUCCACAAUAGUGAUUUUGUUUCCACUGCUACCGACAUGUGGUCCGUUGGAGUUCUCGCUUAUGUGCUGCUUAGUGGCCUCAAUCCUUUUGCUGCUGAAUCGACUCAGAAAAUGAUUGAACACAUUUCUAACGCUGAGUACAUUUUUGACAGUGAAGCCUUCAAAUACACCAGUCUUGAAGGCAUGGACUUCAUUGACAGGCUGCUGAUUAAAGAAGGCAAACAUCGUAUGACUGCAUCUGAGGCUCUGGAACAUCCUUGGCUGAAGAUGAAAAUCGAAAAUAUCAGUUCUAAAGUCAUAAAGACAUUAAGACACCGACGCUAUUACCAGUCAAUAACCAAGAAGGAGUGGAGCACUGUUAUUUCAGCAGCUCGUGUUGCCUAUGGCGGUGGUUACAGAAACCAAAGAAAUGUUUCAAUUGGAAGAGUGAAAAUUGGACACCCAGAACAAGGCGUGAGAGCAGGUCCUGUCAUGCAUGGCUCUGCUGUAGAAGGCGGUCAUGUUCGUUUCAUGUGCUACAUUCAAAACUAUGACAAGACCACAGAGGUGACAUGGUACUUUGGCUCUCGUAAACUGACAGCAAGUCAUAAGUAUGAAAUCAACUAUGCCAAUGGUGUUGCAAGCAUAUAUGUUAAAGAUGUUGAAGAAAGCGAUGAUGGACUCUACAGAUGCAAAGUUGUCAGUGAAGAGAGAGAAGAGAAUUCCUACGCAGAGCUAUUUGUCGAGAGUAUAAGAUCCUAUCGGGAAUACUUCCUGGGACGUUCACUCAAGAAACUCAAGCGUAGAAUUGACAGAACCAAAAUUCUGCAAAGGCCACCCGAGUUUACUCUGCCACUGUACAACUGUACAGCAUAUGUUGGAGAGGAUGUACGCUUUGGUGUUACAAUAACUGUUCAUCCAGAGCCAAAGGUUACUUGGUUGAAAUCAGGACACAGAAUCAAACCGGAUCCAACAAAAUAUACAUUUACAUCUGACAAGGGUCUUUAUCAGCUAAUGAUUCACAAUGUUGAGCCUGAUGAUGAUGGCGAGUAUACUGUUGCGGCGAUUAACAAGUUUGGUGAAGACAGCUGUAAUGCACGCUUAACGGUAGCACAUCACCCUGUUCUUGAGGACACAAUGAGGCCAAUGUUCAGACGCCUUCUAGCAAACAUUGACUGCGUUGAAGGAGAAAGUGUCCAUUUCGAUUUGAGAGUUUCAGGAACACCGGCACCUACUCUGAAAUGGGAAAAAGAUGGCAAGCCUCUUGAAUUUAGGCCACAAGUUGAAGUUGUUCAAGAAGAUGUCGGUUAUUACAUUCUCCAUAUUAGAGAAACACUAAUUGAAGAUUCUGGCACCUACAGAGUUACUGCAACAAACUCUGCUGGUUCAGCAAGUUGCCAAGCCACACUCACGGUUGAACGCCUUACUUACAUUAGGAGGGAAUUCAAGAGUGAGGCAGAUAAGCAGAUAUACAUACAAAACCAAAUCAAGAAGACACUUAAAAUGGCACAAGAAUUCUCAACAGCAGAAGUGACUAUGCUUAAUCCUGUAGCACAGGAAGCAUUGAAAGAGGCUGCUGAACUGUAUAAACCUGCAGUGAGUACAAAGAAUGUGCAGGGUGAGUUUGACAUAUCUGACAAAGAAGAUAAGGACAUUAAGAGAAUCAAAGAAGAAAGCAGGAAGAUCAGAAUGCCUUAUGAAAUUCCUGAUGCUCGUGUACAUGAUCGAACUGUUCUUGAGGAAGACAUGAAUAUUAAACAUUUUGUGGCUUUAUCUGACAUGAAAUGGUACAAGAAACUUCGGGAUCAAUACGAAAUUUCUGAACGCACCGAGAGAGUUGUGCAGAAGAGACAAAAACGUAUACGACUUUCCAGGUGGGAACAGUUUUAUGUCAUGCCACUUCCCAGAAUCACUGAUCAGUACAGGCCACGAUGGCGUAUUCCGAAGCUUUCUCUUGAUGAUUUGGAAACGGUAAGACCAGCUAGGCGCUCGCCUUCUCCUGAGUCUGACAUCUUCAGACAGAGGAGGCAUUCCCUGGGUGACCUUUCAGAAGAAGAGCUCCUCCAGCCUGUGGAAGACUAUCUGACCAGGAAGAGAAUUGAUGAAGAAAAGCAACAGCUUGAGGAAGAGCUUGAACUUGGCUUCUCUGCCUCUCCUCCAAGUGGUAGCCCAGUUCGUUUCGAACUGCAUGCACUUCGCCGUGUUUCACCUAGGAUUGUGCACAAAGUUGAAGUGAAACACACAGAGAAAACAAAGCUUGCCGUCGCACCAAGAAAACCAAGUGGUUCUCCACCCCCAAUUUCCCAUUUCUUGAGAAGGAGGAGAUCUCUGUCUCCAACAUAUAUUGAAUUGAUGCGUCCUGUCUCUGAACUGAUAAGACCAGCACGGGUGCCAGUGGAAUAUGAAGUUGAGGCAGUUGAAAGGAGGUCACCCACUCCUGAGAGAACACGACCACGUUCCCCUAGUCCUGUAUCUCCUGAAAGACGAUCAUCAAGAUCUUCCUCUCGAUUUGAAAGAUCUGCCAGAUUUGACAUAAUGUCUAGAUAUGAGUCAAGAAAAGCUGCUCUGAAAUCGGAGCGCAAGUAUCAAGUUGUAACACAACAACCGUUUAGCCUUGACCAUGCCCCACGAAUCACAGUUAGAAUGCGCUCACACCGUGUACCGUGUGGCCAGGACACUAAAUUCACAUUGAAUGUCCAAUCAAGGCCAGAAGCUGAAAUUCAGUGGUUCCAUAAUGGACAACAGAUUCAAGAGAGCAGCAAAUAUCACUUUACAGACAUGAGUGGUGUCUUAACCCUCCAAAUUAAUGAAUGCCAUGCAGAGGAUAGUGGCACAUACCGUGCUGUCUGUAUCAACGUAAAGGGAGAAGCAUCCGACUAUGCAACACUUGAUGUAUCAGGAGGAGCGUUUACUACAUAUUCCUCAAGACGCAAAGACGAGGAGGCUCCAACGGCAUUUGUACCUGAAGUGCUAAAGACAGAUUAUUACCAUACAUCAUCGAUCAGGGCAUCUUCUGCAUCAAGGACACACAUAGAGAUCAAGGAAACCAAGGCAAAGCUUACAGAAACACAUGAAGUUACUGGGCUUCAAAAAUUCGAGUCUGAAAGACUUGCAUCAUCUCCUAUCAGAUAUGCAUCUACUGAAUACCUGUCGUCUGCUUCAUAUGCCUCCUCUGAACGACACACCUCAUCUGAAUACAAAGCAAAAUCUGUUGAGUCCUCAGCUACAGCAAGCAUAACUGCUAAGAAAGUCAAAGCUACACUGGCAGCAAAAAUACUCACCAAACCACGCUCUCUAACAGUAUCAUUGGGUGAGUCUGCAAGAUUUACCUGUGAUAUAGAUGGGGAGCCAGCACCAAGCGUCACAUGGUUGCAUGGACAACAUACUAUUGUCACUUCCCAUCGGGUAAAUGUGACAACAACGCAAUACAAGUCUACAUUCGAAAUAUCUUCUGUGGAGUACUCAGAUGAAGGCAGCUACACAGUAGUGGUAGAAAAUUCACAGGGAAGGCAAGAGGCAAAGUUUACCUUAACCAUCCACAAACCACCAACCAAAGAGAAGGCUGUUGCACCGUCUCCUCCAGUUAAAGCUCCUGAGCCAGCAGUGAAGUCACCUGAGCUUUCAGUGAAAUCACCAACAUCAGUGGAAUCAGCAGAACCUUCAGGAAAACUUCCUACACCACCUGUCCCUUCUCAAGUGCCAUCGGUGAAGUCACCAGUGCCAUCCGUUAAGACUCCAGAGCCAUCAAUUAAGUCUCCAGAGCCUUCGGUAAAAACACCAGAACCCACUGGAGUAAAGUCCCCUGAACCACGAAUUAAAUCACCUGAAGGUAUCAAAUCACCCCUACGAGUCAAGUCUCCUGAGCCUGGCACUGCUGCUCUAAGAGUUAAAUCACCUGUCCCUGCAAAGCCCUCAGAAGCAACAACGUCCCCUCUAAGGAUUAAAUCUCCUACAGGCCUAAAGUCUCCUGAACCAUCAUUGUCUCCUCCGAGAGUGAAAUCCCCACCUCCACUCAGGUCUCCAGAGCCAGCCAGCUCUCCCCAAAGAGUAAAAUCUCCACUAACAGCCAAGUCUCCUGAACCGAUAAUGCCACCGAAAAGAGUUAAAUCCCCACUAGGUGCAAAAUCACCAACUCCUUCAAAGGAAGCACCCCUUAAGAUCAUCCAGCAACUUAAAGCCGAGGCCUCUGAAGGCAAGGUGAAGAUGACCUGUGUUGCAGAGAGCUCUGUAAGAGAGGUUGUGUGGUACAAAGAUAGCAGAAGACUGAGUAAGAGUAGCCAUUAUCAGAUCGAAACAUCUGCUGGUGGCACUUGCUGUCUCUAUAUAUCGGAUGUGUCCGAGAAGGAUCAAGGUGAAUAUUCCUGCGAAAUAAUAGCAGAUAGUGGAGCAAUCUCAAAAACAUCAUUCUCCCUCGUUGGUCAAGUGUUUCAGUCUAUUUACACAAAAAUAACAAGCUUUAUGUCUGCCCACAUGGCUGUUAAAGAAUCCAAGUCCCACACAGGACUGGAAAUGUUUAAGAAAGAGAGUUCUACUCUUAGCAGUAUGCAUGAGAGCUUUUCAUCAAAAUCCAUCCAGAUGGAGAGCUCAAUGCAAGAAACAUCCUUCAGCAGUUCCAGCAUGGCUGAAAUGCAAUUUGAAACAAUGUCAAUGUCCAGCAUGUCCUCCAUGACUUCUGGAUCAGUGUACGCUUUGAGCUCAAGCAGUAUGAUGUCAAGUCACUCGCAUGCUGAUGAAUCAAUCAGAGCCACUCUGCUUAGUGGUCAAGGUUUGGCACCAAAAAUCGAAGCCCUCCCAGAAGACAUCAGUAUUGAACCUGGAAAAGUUCUGACCAUAGCAUGUGCGUUCUCGGGAGAGCCUUCUCCGCACAUCGAGUGGUCCCGUGGUGGAAAAACACUUCCGACUGCAGAAGAGAGUGGGAGGUUCCACAUUGAGACUACAGAAGACAUGACCACACUAAUAAUCACUAGUGUAAAAUCUAGUGAUGCCGGGGUGUACACCCUGAAACUUUCCAAUGAGCAUGGAUCUGACAUGGCAACUGUCACCAUAAGUAUUCGAUCGCCAUAAAUCUAUUAAUGAUACGUUCUUCCCCCUUCUCGUAUUAUCUGCCUUUUUAUUUAUUGACUGAGAAAAAAAAAAUAUUUACUUGAUAAAUCCUGGAUACUCGUUCCUGUAAAUAUGAAAUAUUUUUAUAUCAAACGUGACAUUAAUUUAUGCCGAACUAGACUAAAGUCUAAAGUUGUUAUAAAAUGUGCCAUUUUGGAUAAUUAUGACUAGGAUUUUGGUCAAUUUUUUGUGACAUGUACAUAAUGUAUAUAGCCGAAUUUACCGGUUAUGGGAAAUGUAUGAAUUGUUAUUUAAGACGAUAUUAACUAAAACAAAUGGAACUAAUUGUUUAUCAGGAGAAAGUUUCUCAUGGAACGAAUACCCUGUUAAACCUGGAACUAAACUUAGCGCCUCAACAAAAAGUUGAAGUCUUUAAGAUUGCCUCAACAGGUAGAGAGGCUCCCUGUUGAAGUUUUACUCAAUUUACGAGACAAUGCUACACACUGUAUGUGUACAUGUGAUUUACUAUAAUCACAUGAAUUUAUAACUUGACCAUAAGACCUUGAAUGCUGCGUGCAUUUACCCUCAUGUAAGCAGCAUGACUGGGUCUUGUGUUCACUGAUUAUGUCAUACCACCAUUUUAAAGACAUGCUCAAAGUGCAAGCGGCCUGCACUUCAUGAGCCAAAAUGUUUAGUGUGCUCUGUUUCUGCUAAGGGACUGCUUGAAUAGACUUUUCAACAUCAUCCUGGCCAAUAAUAAAAGUCUAUCUUGUACUUCCUUGCAGAUGCAGAGCCUUCUCUUGGAGGAUUGCUUUGUUGCAUUGUGUGUGUACUAGUUUUAGAACUCAUCUUCACAGUUGCUGGGCAAACAAGCAGACCACAAAGUGUGUGUGGAAAGAAACAUCUUUAAAAAAAGGAUCUAUAUGCCCUAUAUUUUGGUUUGAUUUUAUGUAGAAUUGUAGUAUUACUAAUAAAUGCAACCUCCUUGAGCCUUAUAAUUGAUUCAAUAAAGCAUGUUUUCAGCACUAAAAA